AUGAAGAUAAAUAUUUAUAUUCCUAUCUGCCAGAAGCCAGGCAGUGGCUGGUGGAGAGGGAGGCCUGAAAUCAGAGUAGGGGGUUCUCUUCACAAGGCUCCCCAUUGCAGGAGUGGAAACCUCCACUGCUUUGUUGCUGCUAAGGCUGACAUGCUUGUUUUCCUUCCUGUUGAGACCUGGGACUCAUGACAAUAUCUGGAAUCAGAGCUGGAAUAGGAUUUCCCUAGUCUAGAGUCUCAGCAUUAAUUUGAAGUGAGGUGGUGUUUGAGUGACUUCCGUGUGGCAGUUGGAAGCUUGAGCGUAACUGGCAGGAAACACUGUUAACCAUAUAAGAACAGAAUGCCAGGCUGCCCAGUAAUCCCAGAGGCUAGUGUUAGAAAUGUCUGAUUCCUUCUGGACCUGAAGUGAGGGCUCAAGCAACUGAAAACUACAAACACAGGUAGUGUGGACCUAGACGGACCUGGUUCAAGCCUCAGAUUCCCUGUCACAACUAAUGCACUUCCUUAUUCCCCACCCCAGCUUGCUGGGUUGAUUGGGGCAGAAGUUGCACGUAAACUGUGCCUGUUUCACAUACGUGGAAGCAUGUUUCCAAGUGCUGCUUAGGCACUCUCACUGAGUGAAAAAUAUAUGCAUGUUAAUGGCAAAUCAUAAAGGUUAAGUGAAUCUCUGGCCUAGCUUGGUACAGUUAGUAGCAGAGUAAGGAAAGGUGGGUAUAAACGGGAAUCAGGUGAAGGUGUGUCUAACUCUUCAUGAGUUGGGUUAACAUGGAAGCAAAAAGUGCAAAGGCCAGAAGGUCAUCAUUUUAAAAUCUGUUAUAUACUUUCCCAUCACUAAAGUGAAAUAAUCAUUAAAAAAAAAUAACCAAGACUGAGAAUUUGCUUAUACUGUAUUUAUUGACUGUGCAAAAUCGCACAAUUUAAUAGGCUUCACCAAUGCCAAAGCAAUUUGUUAGUUGAUUUUAAAAUAAAUAAAAAAUAUGUUUUGUAAUUAGGAAGAAAAGAUUGCCACCAGGAUAGUUUUCAUGAAACCUGGCUGAGAUGUGUUGUGACUUAGCCAGAAUUGAUUCUUCAAUCUAAGUAUUACGUAAUAAGCAAUUUUCUGUUGGCAUAUAAUUCAGUAUGCUAGCAUAUGAAAAUGAAUGACAAUACAAUUCCUGGGGUUGAGGGUUCCUCGUUGCUAAAAGUGACAGAUAUGGCUAUGUUGUACGAUGCAUUUUCAAAUCAUUUGUGAUCUUUUUCAUCCUUUGAAGGAUCCCUGUCAUUCUGUUUAAUAGCAAAGACAUUGAAAAAAGGUAAGGGCAAUUGCUGAUAGUUAGCUGUGUGCAUGCUUCAAAUCUUCUGAAACUUUUAGAUAUGUAGUGUGGUUAUAUUUAUAAUUUUCACUAUAUUGUAACUCUUGCAUUGCAUUAAUAACAUACUAUGAUGCCUGUGGUCUGUGCCCAAACAUGUGAUGAAGGCUAACUCUCCCCACAACCCAACACACACACACAGAUCUAUCCACAGGAGAGUCAUCUGACUCAGAGAAUAAAGUGUAUGUCAAUUUUGAUGGGCACCAUUACAGCUCAGAAGUUGCAAGCUUCCCGAGAGGUCACCAGCAGAGGAACUGAAGGCAUCACUCAAGAGAAAUACUAUCUUUCUGAAAGAUUUCAAAGCACAGAACCUUUACAGCUGUCACAAUGUUUUGGUGUUCCCUUCCAGUAAGCAUAUCUUUACCAACAAUGUGUGCCCAUCAAUCUGGGUACAAUGAACUUGUUUUCAUCAGUCUGUAACUUUCAAGUUCCAAGAUGGAUCCUUUGUUAUGUUCAGGUUGUUUUACCCAAACUAAAAUAUUUGUAUCUAAAAGAGGCUCCUCUGCUAGGGAAUGUGGGAUAAUGUGCUUUUGAUCACUGAAGAAGUGGUCUUAUUUUGCAAUGCAAUUAUCUACAUGAAAAUACUAGUGAUGAUGAAAACAAGUGAUUAAAGUGAUUUAAAUAUUCAGUUCUUAUGAAUUCACAGGUGUGAAUUUGACUGCAAAAUGUAAAUAAUAUUUUCCAAAUUUGGAACAAGUUCUACAAGGAGAUUUAUUAUGAUCCGUGUUUAUCAGUUUCCUCAUGAGUUUUCAGAUCUGUCACAAUCUUACUUUGCAGUGGUAAAACAAAAGUUACGGACAUGCAACAUAUUUACCAAUGGAAUUGGUUUUUUCCUGAAUCCUUUUAAUUGUACAGUGUUAUUGUUGAUUGGCUCUCAAUGAGCAAAACACAUCAGUGCUGGUUUGCUGAUCACCUAUACUGAUGUAUAACUGAUGUACAGUGGUACCUUGGGUUACAGACGUUUCAGGUUACAAACGCUUCAGGUUAUAGACUCCGCUAACCCAGAAAUAGUACCUCGGGUUAAGAACUUUGCUUCAGGAUGAGAACAGAAAUCGUGCUCUGGCGGCACGGCAGCAAGAGGAGGCCCCAUUAGCUAAAGUGGUACCUCAGGUUAAGAACAGUUUCAGGUUAAGAACAGACCUCCAGAACAAAUUAAGUUCUUAACCUGAGGUACCACUGUAUUUAGAAAACUGAAAUAAUCUCUGCCUUUGUAAGCACUCAUUGAGUUGCCUCUACAGCAAAGACAUUGAUGCAUUUAUGUGAACUUCUGUUGGUAAAAGUCUUGAAGUGUUUCAGCCUUAUGCAGGUCUUAAUUAAGAAGAAUUCUUCACUGACACUGAAAAACUCUCAUUUGUAAUUUGGCAAACAGCUUGUGUUCUUCCAGGUUGGCCACUCUGAGAACAAAUUCUGGACUAGAUGGGUCAUUAGCCUGAUCCAGCAGGAUCUUCUUGUGUUCUUGGUACAUUGUCUACAUGAUGGUUCCCAAGUGUUACUCUCAAGUUGUAUUUUGUUUGCCAGAAAAAAAAAUAUAUGUUGACUAAACCCAAUAGCUCUGAGGUCUCCACCCCAUUUUCCAAGAUAAGAUUGCAGUUGCAAAAUCUGACUUUGGUUUUAUAAACAUACAUGGUUUGGAUCCAGGUUAACUUAGUCACAUGUUGGCCCCACUUGAAUCAGUGAGAUAAGUUAGUCAUGAUUCCCUUUACUGAUCCAGAUCAUUGGGUCCAUCUAGCCUGCCAGCUCUUUGAAUUCUCAGGUAACUGUCUUUCAUGUUGGUGGUAUUACUGGAGAAGCUAGAGAUUGAACAAGGUUUAUUUUAUUGUUUGAUAAAAGUUACCAUUUUAUUAUUUGAUAAGAUUAACUUAAUACAGUAUCUUUACAGCAUCUUUACAGUAAUGUAAAGAUAUGAAGGAUUUAUAUGAAAACAAUUUUUUGUUAUGAGUAUUUAAUUUUAAAACAAAUACAGUCAUACCUUGGAAGUCAAACAGAAUCCGUUCCAGAAGUCCGUUCGACUUGCAAAACAUUUGAAAACCAGAGCAUGGCUUCUGAUUGGCUUCUGAAUCGGAAGCCACGCAAGCCCUGUCAGACGUUCAGCUUCCAAAAGAACAUUCAAAAACCGGAACAGUUACUUCCGGGUUUUGAUCGUUUGGGAGCCAAAACGUUCAAGAAUUAGGCUGUUCAACUUACAAGGUACGACUGUACUUUUCUCCUUUUUUAAAGGAAUUAUUAAAACCUGUCUGCAUAGGCUUUUAUUAGAGUCAUUUGCAAAUAUGGCUAUCCUACUUUUCACUCCUCCUGUAUAUCAUUUACGAAAAAGUUAAGUAUCACUGGACCUAAUAUAAAUCCUUAGGGGACCCCACUUAUUACUUCCCUCCAUUGCAAUAAUUUCCACUUGUUUCUAUUUUCCACUUCCUGAUCUGUCAACAGUUACUAAUGCAUAAGAGGAGCAAUGAUCUUAUCUCACGACUGAACUUCUCUCUGAGCAACAGCCAAACCUGAUAGUUGACUAAAAAGAAAAUUAGUCCAGUAAUUCAUAUUGAUAAUAUUUACAAUGCUUCUGUUGAUGUGAUGUAGGUCUAUGACCAGGAAGAGAAAAUUAUUUCCCACUAGCCAUCCCUAGCCUAGGAAAACUUCCUGUAUCCCUAAGUUUGGUAAAAAUGUUACUGUGAUAAAAUGCAAACUAGUCAAAAUGGAAAAUAGGAACUUUGCAAAAUGAAGUUGGUUUGGAAGAUUCACGCUGAGUUAAAGUAGAUUUGCAUUUCCAAUUUAUUAUUUCUACUGCAGUUUUGGAAAGGCGCAUGUUUAUUUUGAGCUUGACAUCUUUGCUCUGCAGGCCCUUCAAUUUCCAGAAUACUGCAUAUUUUCUGCAGAAUGGUAGCAAGUCUUUCUAUAGAUUGCUCUAAAUUAAUUUGACUUUGUUCAGCAUUAUCUUACAAUUGCAGUGACCCUAAGGUGAAUUUCCCAGUGUUAAUUCACAUGCCCAUAGUGAGACUCAAUGUUUCUAAGACCAGAAAAGAUUAUGCUAAACUCAUGCUAAUUAUAAUUUUCUAAUAUAUUCUGAAAAUCACACAGUUACCAAGUAACAAAAGGUCAUUUCCAAUAAACGAUACCUUUUGAAGUAACUGAUAUAUUAAAUUGUUUGGGGUUUUAUAUAUAUAUACUCUAGCUGGAUCUUGAAAAGUAGAAAUGGGAUCUUUGCCAAGGAAGUGAUCUUUGACACUCAUAAGCAGCAUAUUGUAUACAAAAUUGUUGUUGGCAUCCGUCUGUCUCGGGAGAAAAUGGAGGAGUGUGCCUUUGGGGGUGAAGUCAAACUGUUGGAAGGUUACAAAAGCACCUGCUAUGGCUGCAGAGACCAAAUAGAGAAGAGACAUGUUUUGUUGCAGCUGAGACAGAUAAAGAUGUCCAGUUGUGCUGCAGCAGAUACACCAUGGUGCUCCCUCUCUCAGUGUUCCUCCCAGCAGUCAUUAUUCCUCUUAGGCACCAGCAAGGGAUCAGGAGCAAACAGUUGUACUUAAAAACAUCAGUCUAUGGCCAAUGUAUUUUAAGAAGAAUUUGGUAACCUCUCUCAUAACCUUAAAAGUCACAUGUCUAGUUCAUGGGUAGACAACCUAAGGCCUGGGGGCCAGAUCCCACCCAAACGCCUUCUCAAUCCGGCCCAUGGAUGAUCUGGGAAUCAGUAUGUUUUUACAUGAAUAGGAUAUGUCCUUUUAUUAAAAUGCAUCCCUGGGUUAUUUGUGGGGCCUGCCGGGUGUUUUUACAUGAGUAGAAUGUGUCCUUUUAUUUAAAAUGCAUCUCUGGGUUAUUUGUGGGGGCCUGCCGGGUGUUUUUACAUGAGUAGAAUGUGUCCUUUUAUUUAAAAUGCAUCUCUGGGUUAUUUGUGGGGCAUAGGAAUUUGUUCAUUUUUCCCCUUCAAAAUAUAGUCCAGCCCACCACACAGUCUGAGGGACAGUGGACUGGCUGAAAAAGGUUACUGACCCCUGGUCUAUGGGGUUUUUUUAAAGUCCCAUGCAGGAUAUGGGAGGAAUGAGGUCAACAGGAAGAAUUCCUAUUGGUUGCUUGCAGUGGUAAUGGAACAUGCAUUUCUUUGGUGCUCCCCACCCUAGUCUCUCCAGAAGUUAAAUAUUGGAGAGUGGAAGAGCAGAUGCUUCAAUUCUAAUAUCAACAUACAGUAUGACCAUGAACACUAAAAUACCAUGCAGUGUAUUUGUGGGAAAUUGGGUUGGACUAGCCUAUCUUUAUCUGAAAGAAGAACAGACAAUCUUGGCUUUUACAAUGACAGAAGGCACUAUAUUACAGUCUGAGUAAGAUCUAAUUUAUAUAUUUUAAUUGCUGCUAUAUCUGUACUGUCCCUGUUAUACCAAACUGCAAAUUUAAAUGUAUCCCUAUUGUGUUUUAUGACUUCCCUGAUUUUGUAUGUGAGCUGGAACUGGUCUGUGACCGAAAUAAUAAAUUCAUUCAUAUAUUACAGUCUAUAUUACAGAGUAAAUAGCAUACAGAAGGAAGGUGUGGACUUCUCAAUCAAGUUCAAUGGGAAAAAGUGGUGUCGGCAGUCAUCCUUGGUAUGAGAAUUAGGGCAUCACAGGUCUAUUCCUCUUUUUUAUCUAUCAAGUGCUUGAAGGCAUGGACUCCUUAGUGGUUUAUGCAGAUUCAUAGAGACUACAGGAUACCAUACCCUUCCACAGUGGACACAGAUGCUGAGUGCCAGCAAAAUUGUAGCCAAAAUGGGACAAGCAAGAAAAAAAUAGCAAGGCAUCAGCAUGUUCAUGCAAAUCCUGAGGUCCACAGAUGCAGAUCCGCCCCCUGAAAAUACUAAGGGGGCAUCCCUACCCCAAUAAAAAAAACCUAAUAAGGCCAAAACAUGUGAAGUAGCCAUGGUAUGUGGUCAGCUGGAAAAGGUCUAUGGGGAUGAAGAGAAAGAAGAGCAAGGUACAAUACCCUGCUUAGAGGGAAUGGCUAAUUGAACCAUUUCAACAGGAAAGAUACACAGCAACAUUAGGCUGCAGGGCACACGUGUGUGUGUGUGUGUGUGUGUGUGUGUGUGUGUUUCUUAUUUUCUACUUCUGUUUCUCAUAUUUUUCAUCUUGCCCUGUUCUCAUCAAGUUCAAAGUUAACACAAAAUCGCAUGGAAGAAAGAGUAGCUCUGUUAUCUAAGAAUGUGUAAUGCAGCAUACCUUUCACAUUAGCAUCUCAAAUCCCCAGAUUGCACAUGUAAUGUAAGAACAUUUUAAAUAGUCUCAGUGGAUCUCUCUCCUGUUUGGAAUCUGAGCCACAACCCCUCCGCAUGGUGCCAGUAAUCCUUGUUCAGGUGCUAGCCCCUAGUGUACAAAGUGAUGUAUUAACUAAUAAUCUCUGUCACCCAGAAAACAAAAUCCAUUCAUCAUAUACAACCUUUUUCACCCACCUACCCAUCCUUGCCAAUAAACACACAAAGAAUAAUAACAAAAAGGAACAAGAGCUAUCUUGUGCUGCCUCCAUCACAUAGCAAAACAUAUUAUAAAUCAAAAUAUGGCCACACAGGACUCUCAGAGCAAAAUGAAUAUGGGGCAGAAUAGUUUCUUCGUUUAACAUGAAAUGUAUGCCUUGUACAGUCAGGUCUGUAUGCGAACAAAGCUUGACUCUGUACAUUGCAUUCAGGCUUCAGUCCUACACACACGCGGCCUGGAAGUAAGCCCCAUUUAACUCAGUGAUUCUCACUUCGAAGUAGACUUGGACAGAAUACACUGUUAGCUUCCAAGAUGAUAGAACUUGUGAAUAUAGACAACCAAUCAUUUUUUUGCUGCAAAACAUAGGCCUGGUUCAUUCAGCCUCAAAUCUUGACAUGGAUAACAGGUUCUAGCUUAUAUUUCUCUCAUGUAUUAGUGUUCUGUAAGCAAGGGCAAUUUCCCCCCUAAUCAAGAGCAAUCACUUCUCUGAUGUAUUGGCUAGAAAGUUGCAAGAGUUUACAUGUAGAGGUGCCAGUGAAGUUCUCCUGAAUCGGGUUCAGGGAAUAACUUUGAGGGGCUUGUAAAAGCUUUUCUCAGUUGUGAGGUGAGCUUUUCACAAUAGCUCAGAAACACAUGGUUCUCAUAAAGAAGGUUCCAGAUGGAUUCCCAGGCAUCUCUGGUUUUGGGGAGGGCCAGAGUUCAGUUGCAGAGUGCAUGCUUGGUAUGCAAAACACCUAAGUUUGGUUUCUGUAAUCUCCAGGUAGGGCUGGGGAAGGCUCCUCUCGGAAACCUUGGAGAGCUGUUUCAGGUUAGUAAAGACCAGGUGUUGUUGACCUGUGGUCCUCCAGAUGUUAUUGGGCUGCAGGCCCCAUUGGCACCAGCCAUCAUGGCCAAUGGGUGGUGGGGUGAUAGGAUUUGUAGUCCAAGAACAUCUGGAGGGCCACACGUUAGGCACCUCUGGGAUAGACAAUACCGAACUACAGUAGAUGGCUCAGUUGUCUGAUUAGCUUCCUAGUACCCAAAUCCUUUGCUGACAAAUUAAUACUAAGAGUUGAUAGGGACUGAAGGGUUCCAAGCCUCAAACUGGGUCAGUAAAUGAUACAAGUUAUUUCCUAUUUUUUUCUUAGGUUUUUGUUUGGUUUGUUUUUUCUUUGAGAAAUGCAUCCAUGGCAUAUCGUGCAUGUCAUUUGUUUUGAUUUUUUUUUAGCAUGAAUAAACCACAGCAGCGUAGUAUAUUGAGCAUAUUACAGGUUGUUCUCAGAUAUUCCAAAGUGUUUGGCUAUAAACAAGGGAACUGAUUAUGAUGAAAAUACAAUAAGCCAGUGCUCAAAGAUAGGAGCCAAUGUGGACUCAUUGUGUCAGCAGCCCACAUGUUAUUUCUAAACUGUGGUAUCAAUUGUUACUUGUAGGGUAGAAGCUGUACUUGUAUGUCAAUGCUGGAUUUAAUGAUGAGGGGAUGAAAAAGUGAUCAAGGGUUCAAAAGGAUCUGAAAGGUUCAGAAAAUGUGUGCCUCAACACAUGCAAACAUCUGGAAUGCAUACAGGAGAGAAUGGCAAUGAGACUUUACCAGUAAAAUGUAACCAAACCGUUUAGCUUCCCUGCUCCAUAUUUCAGACACUUUCAUUUUACAAUACACAAGAAACCUAGCACUCCCUGUUAGAUGAUUUACUAUUCUAGACAGCUUAUAUAGAAGAAAAGCAAUUGAACAUAUCUGGCCACACCAACCUCCCAUGCCAAUAGCAAGGUUUUAAAGUAAAACUCAGCACAGCUAUGCGUAUACCUGCCAUGUCUUCUUCAUGUGUUGUUUUCAGAAAGAACAGCUUUGACCAUGUUGACUUACGAAAUGAUAAAUACAUCGUUCACCAUGGACAAUUUAAUGUGAUUCAAAAAGAUACCCAUUAAACAGCAUCAUUAACUUUUUCACCUAAUAUUUAGAGUCAUCCGGGAUGAAAAGCUGGGUGAGUUACCAGUAAUUAUAUUUGGAGGACAGGUUCAAAAAUAAAUGUGUCAGGCUAGCAUAGAUAAAACAGACACCACGUAGCAGUCAUUUUGUGAACAAUGGUUUUCAGGAGGGUUUUAUUGUUGUUGUUGUUGCAAGGAUUAGCAUGUUCAUCAUAGCACUCUGUAUGACAAAAAUGCUUGGAAAGAGCCAUAUGACAAUAUUCACAAUUAUGUAAAUCACAUUAAACUUUUGACAAUGCUUCCUGGCACUGCUUGUUUAUUUUGUUCUAUUUUUUAGGUUUAUUUUAUUUUUUGUUCAGAUUUUUAUUUUUAUUUGUAAGCCACCUUCAGUUUGCUUUUAUCCUGGGAUAUAGCUGUCUAAGGGAGAUAAAUUAAAUUCCACAAAGGCAUAGUGAUGUAGCAACUCAUUCAAAUAUGACAAAGAAACCCACAUUCUUAUCACAUCAUAUCAUGACUUCCCAGUAUACUUGAAGGAGCAUCUCCACCCCCAUCAUUCAGCCUGGACACUGAGGUCCAGCUACAAGGACCUUCUGGUGGUUCCCUCGCUGCAAGAAGUGAGGUUACAGGGAACCAGGCAGUGGGCCUUCUUGGUAGUGGCACCCGCCCUGUGGAAUGCCCUCCCAUCAGAUGUCAAAGAAAUAAACAACUAUCUGACUUUUAAAAGACAUCUGAAGUCAAUCCUGUUUAGGGAAGUUUUUAAUGUUUAAUGUUUUAUCGUGCUUUUAAUAUUCUGUUGGGAGCCGCCUACAGUGGCAGUAUUAAUGCUAUUAGUAUUAUUAGUAUUAGUAUUAGCACGUUGGUAUAAAUAUUCUGAGGGUGCCUCCUAGCAAUAAAAGAAAUGACAAGAGGGGCCAGGAGAUGAAGAUGUGAUGUGGAGGGGCAGACCAGCUAGUGCAUCCUCAUUCUGCCUUCAUCAGGUGAGGCUUUGAACACUUGAAGAACACUAUACAAAAAGAGAGGGCAAAGAGGCAGCUUCUGAAUCUCUGCCAUAUUUCCAGGCUCCAAUCAUAUGCCCAUCUACGUCUAUAGGAUUAAGCCCCGCUGACUGGGUCUUACUUACAAGCAGAUGUGUCUAGAAUUGCACUGUCAAUCUCCAAACUAUGUUUUGUUGCAUGUGAACUGAACAGUAUAGGGCUUUUAGAAAAUGCUGCUAAACGUUUCCCCCUUACCAAAGAAGAAGAAGAAGAAGAAGAAGAAGAAGAAGAGUGGGGUGCUUUUAAAACUAGAAAAGACAAUGUGAAUUCACAGUAUUGUUUAAGUAGGUCCCUCCCCCCCACAUUAUCCUUAUGAUUGGGUAUGGUUAGGCUUGCAUAGUCUGCAGGGGCUGGCAUCUAUGGGAAGAAUGAAAAUAUGGUAACCACAAGGUUCAUUAAGUCUUUGAUGAUUUACUAGCAGAGACUUAUGGCAAAAGUGAUGCACAAAUUCAAUGCAAGUACAGUGCUCUUUUGAUAAAAUAAAAAUUACUAAAAUAAACUGGCGGGCAUCUGACAAAGAACUGAAUAUAUUCUGCAGAAAUCAAAUAUAGACUUUGCCUGAUUUAUGCAUGAACAUUAUGAAAUGCAUUAUUAUGUUUUACUUUUUUGUGCAAGUCAAAAUUUUAGAUCAUAGUAUUUUAACUUUUUUUUAGGAAUAUAUAUGUUCUCAUGAGUCAUAAUUAUAAUCUUUUGGAUAACCUGCCUCUACCAGAACAAUGGUAGGGUGUUUCUAUAUCAGAUGCAGAUCGACAAUUGUGCACUUAUCCCCCAUCUCACACCACACAUGUACUUAGCCCUGCUAGUGAAAUGCUUACAUCCUGCAAUUAUAUACUGAAUGCAAAUAAAUUUUAACAAUUACACUCCUUUUGACUGAAUGGUCCCCAAUGAGACAAUAGUAUUGUGUUUUCGCAUAUAUACAGUUUCAAAUCUGCUUUAUUUCAUACUCCAGCUUCUAUUCCAAUCACAUAUUUAUGUAUCCUGCAGUUUAAAUAAUUGUUAAAGUUGUCCUUUUUUGCAUACUUCUAUUUCAGCUUUUCUUUAAAACAGUUUUUUUUAAAAAGCAGAAGUCAGAAAAACAGAAGUUGCAUCAAUUGUAUGGGAACCUGAGAUAUAUUCAGAACCCCACCCUCCUCCAAAUCACCUUGAUGCUUGUAGUUAUUGCAUAGUAGGGCUAAAGCUUAAAAUGGGAUUAGACAAAUUAACGGGCAGAAGGUCUUUCAAAGGCUAUUAAAUGUGAUAAGUAAAUGCAGCCUCCAUCCAUGCUCAAGGUAAUGUGCCAUUUGAGUCUAGAUAUUGGAACAAAUAAUUGAGAAGGACAGUUGCCUUCUCUUACUUUGGGUCUCCUUAAUCAACCACUGCUUACCUGGUGAAAGACCCCAUGUUUGAUGACCACAGAGUGUCACCACCAGACCACCAAGCUCUCAUUUUCUUUUUCAUUUCUUUAUAAAUAUGUUUAGAUAUAUGCAGAAUCCCUGACACAUGUCCACUUUCUGUGGUUACCUAAGGCUCAAAAGGGAAGCAAGGAUUGUGCAGUCGUAAGUCAGGACCAAGGAGAGAGCAUAUAGAACCUUGGACAGCUCUUUGAAGCUAAGGCAAGAGAAGCUGGUUCACAGAGAGCUGGAGCCAUAUUAAACCUUAUGUAGGCUGACUGGGACGCAGGUGGCGCUGUGGAUUAAACCACAGAGCCUAGGACUUGCCGAUCAGAAGGUUGGCGGUUCAAAUCCCCAUGACGCGGUGAGCUCCCGUUGCUUGGUCCCUGCUCCUGCCAACCUAGCAGUUCGAAAGCACGUCAAAGUGCAAGUAGAUUAAUCAUAGAAUCAUAGAAUCAUAGAGUUGGAAGAGACCACAAGGGCCAUCGAGUCCAACCCCCUGCCAAGCAGGAAACACCAUCAGAGCACUCCUGACAUAUGGUUGUCAAGCCUCUGCUUAAAGACCUCCAAAGAAGGAGACUCCACCACACUCCUUGGCAGCAAAUUCCACUGUUGAACAGCUCUUACUGUCAGGAAGUUCUUCCUAAUGUUUAGGUGGCAUCUUCUUUCUUGUAGUUUGGAUCCAUUGCUCCGUGUCCGCUUCUCUGGAGCAGCAGAAAACAACCUUUCUCCCUCCUCUAUGUGACAUCCUUUUAUAUAUUUGAACAUGGCUAUCAUAUCACCCCUUAACCUCCUCUUCUCCAGGCUAAACAUGCCCAGCUCCCGUAGCCGUUCCUCAUAAGGCAUCGUCUCCAGGCCUUUGACCAUUUUGGUUGCCCUCCUCUGGACACGUUCCAGUUUGUCAGUGUCCUUCUUGAACUGUGGUGCCCAGAACUGGACACAGUACUCCAGGUGAGGUCUGACCAGAGCAGAAUACAGUGGCACUAUUACUUCCCUUGAUCUAGAUGCUAUACUCCUAUUGAUGCAGCCCAGAAUUGCAUUGGCUUUUUAGCUGCCACGUCACACUGUUGGCUCAUGUCAAGUUUGUGGUCAACCAAGACUCCUAGAUCCUUUUCACAUGUACUGCUCUCAAGCCAGGUGUCACCCAUCUUGUAUUUGUGCCUCUCAUUUUUUUGCCCAAGUGCAAUACUUUACAUUUCUCCCUGUUAAAAUUCAUCUUGUUUGUUUUGGCCCAGUUCUCUAAUCUGUCAAGGUCGUUUUGAAGUGUGAUCCUGUCCUCUGGGGUGUUAGCCACCCCUCCCAGUUUGGUGUCAUCUGCAAAUUUGAUCAGGAUGCCCUUGAGUCCAUCAUCCAAGUCGUUGAUAAAGAUGUUGAAUAAGACCGGGCCCAAGACAGAACCCUGUGGCACCCCACUAGUCACUCUUCUCCAGGAUGAAGAGGAACCAUUGAUGAGCACCCUUUAGGCUCGGUCAGUCAGCCAGUUACAAAUCCACUGAGUGGUAGCAUAGUCAAGACCGCAUUUUACCAGCUUCUUUACAAGAAUAUCAUGGGGCACCUUGUCAAAUGCCUUGCUGAAAUCAAGGUAGGCUACAUCCACUGCGUUCCCUUCAUCUACCAGGCUUGUAAUUCUGUCAAAAACAAGAUCAGGUUAGUCUGACAUGACUUAUUUUUCAGAAAUCCAUGCUGACUAUUGGUGAUCACAGCAUUCCUUUCUAGGUGCUCACAGACUGUUUGUAAUGAUCUGCUCCAGAAUCUUCCCUGGUAUUGAUGUCAGACUGACUGGGCGGUAAUUAUUUGGGUCCUCUCUUUUCCCCUUUUUGAAAAUAGGGACAACAUUUGCCCUCCUCCAGUCUGCCGGGACUUUGCCUGUUCUCCAGGAAUUCUCAAAGAUGACUGCCAGUGGUUCUGAGAUCACAUCUGCCAGUUCUUUUAAUACUCUUGGAUGCAGUUCAUCUGGCCCUGGAGACUUGAAUACAUCUAAACUAGCCAAGUAUUCUUGUACUAUCUCCUUAGUUAUUCUGGGCUGUGUUUCCUCUGCUGAAUCAUUUGCUCCAAAUUCUUCAGGUCGGGCAUUGUUUUCUUUAUCGGAGAAGACUGAGGCAAAGAAGGCAUUGAGGAGUUCAGCCCUUUCUGUGUCCCCUGUUUGCAUUUCACCAUCUUCUCCUCUGAGUGACCCCACUGUUUCUUUGUUCUUCCUUUUGCUACGAACAUACCCAUAAAAGCCUUUUUUGUUGCUUUUAACCUCUCUAGCAAGCCUGAGUUCAUUCUGCAAGGCCAGUGAGGAAUCUGUUUGACCUUAUGCUCUUGGCUGAGUUUGACAUCCAACAAAUAUCCGGGUAAUUAAAGUCCCCCAUUACUACUAUCUCCCUUCCUUUUGCAUGCUUGGCCAUCUGUUCCAGGAAGGCAUCAUCUAUGUCCUCCGUUUGGCUUGGGGAUCUAUAGUAAACUCCCACAAUGAGGUCACUGUUAUUCUUCUCUCCCUUAAUUUUGACCCAAAUGCUCUCACUUUGGCUUUGAGGUUCUAAAUCUUGGAUCUCUUCACAGGUAUACACAUCCCUGACAUAUAACGCCACUCCUCCUCCUUUCUUGUCUGGUCUGUUUCUCUGAAAUAGAUUGUAUCCCUCCAUUAUUACAUUCCAAUCGUGGGACUUAUCCCACCAGGUUUCAGUGAUGCCUAUUAUGUCAUAUUUAGUUUGCUGUACCAAGAGCUCAAGCUCAUCUUGUUUAUUUCCCAUGCUUUGCGCAUUAGUGUACAGACACUGAAGUCCAUUAAUCAUUCCCCCGUGACUCUUAUUUAAGGAUUUUUUCCUCCCACCACUAGGUCUGCAUGCUGUUUGCUCCAUUUGGUCUAUGGCAUUUGGAUGAUCAUCUUCAUCAAUUGAUAGAUUCCUACCUUCAGGAGCACUGUCUCCCUCCCCCACAUUAGUCAUUUUAAAGCCCUCCUGAUGAGGUUUCUGAGAUUUUUGGCAAAAACAUUCCUCCCAACCAUUGUGAGGUGCAGCCCAUCGCUUGCCAGAAGUCCAUCUUCAAGAAACUGCUGUCCGUGAUCUAAGAAUCCAAACCGUUCCUGUUUACACCAUUUGCGAAACCAGCUGUUCACUUCCACUAUUUUUCCCUCUCUCCCUGAGCCACGCCGUUUAACUGGGAGGACAGAUGAGAUGACAAUUUGUGCAUUUAAUUGCUUCAAUUUCCUGCCCAGAGCCUCGUAGUCUCUUUUGAUCUUCUGGAGGCUAUUGCUUGCAGUGUCAUUGGUUCCCACAUGAACCAAGAGGAGGGGGUAUUUGUCAGUGGGUUUUAUGAUUCCUUGCAGUCGUUCAGUUACAUCUUGGAUCUUAGCCCCGGGGAGACAGCACACUUCCCGAGACAUCUUGUCAGGCCCACAGAUCACUGCUUCUGUUCCCCUCAGUAGGGAAUCCCCUAUCACCACUACACACCUCCUCUUAGGUUUGGUCGGGGUUCUUCCGUGAGCUGUCCGUUCCAAGGUUGCCUGCACAUUCCCUGAGGACUGACUUUGCUGCUCGUCUUCAUAUACCUGAUCGACUGUAAUGAGGGAGAGAUCUUCAAAUGGAGUCUGCUCUUCGUCUUCCAUGCUAGUGGAGAGGACCUCAAAGUGAUUGUGUAUUUCUAAACAAUCAGAGCGAACCCUGGGCCUCCUACUUCUUUGAGUCACGUUUCUCCAUAUAUCUGGCUCCUGUGUUGGUGAACUAGCAUCCUUCUCAGGGGAGUCCCCUGUCUCCUCCUUGGUGGAGACGGUGUGCUCUGUUGCUUCCAAGAAGAGCUCCAGCUCUCUAAUUCUUUGGAGCAUAGCUACACGUUCCUCCAGUUGCUGGACUUUAAUAGAUUAAUAGGUACCGCUCCAGCCGGAGGUAAACGGCAUUUCCGUGUGCUGCUCUGGUUCGCCAGAAGCAGCUUAGUCAUGCUGGCCACAUGACCCGGAAGCUGUACGCCGGCUCCCUCGGCCAAUAAAGCGAGAUGAGCGCCACAACCCCAGAGUCGGUCAUGACUGGACCUAAUGGUCAUGAGUCCCUUUACCUUUACCUUAGGCUGACUAGAUCUGAAGUGGAGGAGUCUCCGCUUUCUGAAGGAGAUGUUUGCUUAAAGGGUCUUCACAUUGUUUUGUAAAGUUUGUCUUCUGUGAGGCUGAGGGACAGAUGUACUGUAGGGGACCCAUCCUCUGGGUCAGAGGCUGUGCCCUCUGGCUGAGAAUUCCCUAAAUAAGGGACUGUUAGUUAUCUCCCCUUAACUUCAUCUGAUAUUUAUUUCUGAUCUUCUUUAGUCCUGGUUUGUUCUGUGUUUGUUUCUUCUGGUUUACCCUCUGAUAACCUUUGUUGCUCCUUGGACUGGACUCCCAGUUCCCAUCUGCAGGCACACUCCAAACUGCUACCCUGAUAAAAUGGCAGCUGUCAUAUAUUAUCAUCUACUAUGCCCUUUCCAAUUACCUUCUUCCACUUUACUCCACUACAUACUAGUGGCAGAAUGUAGUGCACAUCAGGUGAUUGUGCCACCUUUUGACACAUCAAGGUUGAAUCUGUUGUGGUUCUGAAGUAAGACCCUACAAAACCCAUUCCAGCAGUGCAUUGCUAGCUGAAAUGAUAGUACUUCACUCGUUCACAGCUAUCAGUCUCCCAUUUGGCAUGAGCUUCUCCUGCUCAUUUUCUUUCUUGUUUCUUCUUUGGCUGACAAAGCUCAGCUUGUAAUCCUGUCAGCAAUCACUGAAUGAUUGGCAAAACAUUCUUCACCAAAGCCAACUCCCUGGUUCACCCUUCAGUUAUUUCAUAUUUUAGCUCAUCAUUGGUUAGGAAAGCAUUUUUACACUGCCGGGAUCUGGACUCUAUUCAUGCACUUUGCUUCCAGCAUCAAGCUGGAUAGGCCGAUAAUUCCAAAGCUAAGGCCCUGCUCGCCAGUGCUAUAAAUUUUAUCACGCUGCAGCAAAAUGCUAUGAUGCAUGUCAAGCUCUUUUAACUUUACUCUGCAAAACUAACAGUCGAAAUCCUGGCAAAGCUUCCACUGUUUGGCAUUUGGUUUAAGUUCAUCCUGGGUAUCAAGAUCUACUUAACAGACAGAGACCACUGCUGGGUCUAGAGCACAGAGACAUCCUUCUUCAGGGAAUUAAGUUAAAUAGCUGUGAGACUGAAACCCAGACAACCAUUUGUUCAGGUGGUGGCUGUUUCUCUCGAGCCAAUGGGCAGAACUUUCUCUUCACCAUGGCUUGUAAGAGCACAUUACAGACAGAUACAGAUGAAAGGAAAGUGUGACAUCUGCUCAGUCCUAGGGAAAAAACAGCUGUGGCAGGAGAAUGUAGAGUGGGGAAGCAAUUGGAAAGCCUUGCUUAAUCCUGUUUCUGUCCCAGACUACCAUAUUCUUAAUUCUCUCUCUCUCUCUCUCUGCCUCCAAACACACACACACACACACACACACACACACACACCACAACAGCCCCCUUUCCCACAUGAGAUUACAUAUUUAUAUUUGCAAGAAAGUAUGCUUUUGAAAACAUGCAGGUGGGAAAAAGUGGCAGGGGGUUCACACAGAUUAUAUGAAAAGAGGUUUGCACCCUAUCAUCUGUGCAAGUUGUGCAAGCGGAGUUGAUUCUCCGCUCAAAAUCCCCUCCUAACAUUCCCCACCUAGAAAAACAGAUAUUGCUCUUAGAGAAAGCAGAAUUGUCAUUGUAGACCUGUUUAUGUGUAUGUUGGGUCUGCCACCCUUUUUGCUCCAGUAGGCAUAUUCAGAGUUUUGAGAAAAUUCCAGUGACACCUGUCAUAAAAUGGCUGCCACGGAAGCAUGUAGCAGAAGCCAGAGCUGAGCAGGAAGAGCAAACAGUCUCAUAUGCAUUGUGGCUUUUGCACGGAAUAGUUACUAAGAUACUUUUUGGGUGCCAUAGGAACUAUGUUGGUGCCCAUGCUCACCACACCAGUGACUCCAUGUGCAAGCUAUAAAGGUAAAGGUAAAGGGACCCCUGACCAUUAGGUCCAGUCGUGACCGACUCUGGGUUGCAGCGCUCAUCUCGCUUUAUUGGCCAGCAUGACUAAGCCGCUUCUGGUGAACCAGAGCAGCGCACGGAAACGCCGUUAACCUUCCUGCUGGAAUGGUACCUAUUUAUCUACUUGCACUUUGACGUGCUUUUGAACUGCUAGGUUGGCAGGAGCAGGGACCGAGCAACGGGAGCUCACCCAGUCGCGGGGAUUCAAACCGCCAACCUUCCGAUCGGCAAGUCCUGGGCUCUGUGGUUUAACCCACAGCACCACUCGCAUCCCUAAUACAGGGUGUGGGAGGAGCAUCAAGCAAUAGUAGCUGAUUGCAAAACAAAUAAGAAAGUGGUGUAGCCAGUGCAGGAUGAGUGAACAGAAGCAGAGCCAGCCAGCCUAUGAGGUGGGCUGAAUCAGCUGCCUCAGGAAGUGGAAUCCUUGAGGGGCGGUGCACCCAUGGGUGCCCCACCUGCCCCUGUCACCACUGGGCUCUAGCAAGAUCUCAGAGAACUCUAGGAAGCAUUCCACGAGAUCUCACUGGAAUCCACCAUGUGACCCUAGUAGGCAAGGCUUCGGUGGGGCAAGCGGUCUGAGCAGAAGUGUCAGUAUCAGGGAAAUUAUCUAUGCCAGAAAUAUCAUGCAAGGCAGAUAGUCAGGAAGUGUGCUAAAGAGAGAGUGUCAAGGAAUGACUGCUCCCCACAUGAAACGGGGGGCGCCCUUUGCGUGGACGUGCGCAGCCCCUGGACCUUGUGUGGCUCCAUCAGCACAGGCUUGGCUUCACCUUCCCCCAGGUGGGAUACCUGGAGGUCUCCGCCUACCUCAGUCAGUUGUCCAAUCCCGCCUGGGGAAGCAUUGCCAAGGAGACCAGGCCAGGUAGGGGAGGGACUACCUGCCCACACAAUAGAGGGAGGACCUUACCUGGGAAUCCUCACUUGGCUCCAGAGCUUCUCCCACUCUACCCACCCUCAGUUAAGUCUUAUUUUGCAGGUUAACCUUUUCUUCACAGGUAUGCGGGUGCUGCUACGUCAAGGUCGCUGUUGAAGGGCCGGAAAGGAAUUCCCCUGCAUUGGCAGGUUUUGCCUUUCCCAUAGCAAAACAUCACAACUUUGGCAGUAUCAGGCCUUGGGUGGAAUCCUUUAGUCUAUCUUCCUGAAUGGGGGAGCUUGCAGCGGUGACCCACACCCCCUUCCUCUUUGCAGCAGCAAUACCAGGGUUCCCCAUUAAAGGGGUUUCUGAGGGGAGGCUUUGACCAUACACUGAGAGGUUGUCAUUGUUCUCCCCUGCGACGGCGGCGUAACGGGGGCGGCUAUCUCUGCUUGAACAUAUGUUCUCCAGAGCCGGCCCAUCCCCCCCACACACUGGAUAACCCUGAUGUUUCCUAGAUCCCCGGCUGGGGACUGGGGAGGGAUAAACGUCCGAUGCCUGAGCCAAGGUCUACCCACAUCUGAAAUAUAAUAAAGUUGUGGCCAAUUUAAUCCCAUAGCACAUUGUCUUGAGUCGUUAUUCCACAUGGGGGGGGGCGUCCAGGGUUUGGGGGACUCCGCCUGUCCAUGCAAGGAAGACUGUGAGAGGUAAUAGGGUGGGGAGAGAGUUCGUUAUUGGUAUCCCCUGUUUAAGAGUGUAAACAAUCCAAAACACCCCCCUCACCUUGAAUCUAAUUGGAUUAAAAGUUUUCUGUGCAAGUGAGGCAUAAUAGCGGCAGCUGUUGCCAUUUAUAAUAUCAUGAGGCUAGCUACCAGUCUCUCCUCCCCCCACCCCCAGCGCUGACUACCUGCAAACAGCGGAAAGACAAUAGCCAUUCAUCAUUUCAAAACGAGACAUUUUGGAGUGGUCUAGUAAGUAGUACACCGAGUUUUCGACUGCUGGGUUCUGCUUCUAUACAGAGGGGAAUUCCUCACUAUGUUUUUCACCAGAUCAUAUUGAUUGCCGAGUGUAGCAGAUUUUCAACUGUCCAAUAAAUAUUUUCCUUUCUUUUCCUUUCUUUUGUUUUUUACACAGGUAAUUUAAUGCAAUGAACUUCUUCUUCUUCUUCUUCUUCUUCUUCUUCUUCUUCUUCUUCUUCUUCCUCUUCUUCUUCUUCUUCCUCUUCUUCUUCUUCCAUAUUGGACUGGUUUUGUAAGCCUCCAAAGACAGCUUCCUAAAAUACCUUGGUUAACUCAUAAGUAAUGUCGAACCAAAAGUCCUCCCUAGGAAACCUGCUCAAAUUUGGAAGGGGGAGAGGAAAGUAAAGGGGGAGAGGUAGCAAUUUGAGGGAAUGGGAGUGGGACAACAAAAUAUGCCAAAAGAUAUCUCUGCCACUUAUGGUGGUGACCAAAACCAGGCUGCAGAAUCAGAUCCUUAUGAAGAGUGAGGAUUCAUCAAGUGGCAGUCUAUAGGAAACACUGUUUUACACUAUUGUAUUCCUGGAUGGUAUUUUUAAAGUGUAAAAGUGUUAUUGUAAAAGCUACUCAGUCUCUGGAGUAUCCAGGUUGGUACUAUAUGUUUAGCUAUGCUUAUCUGGGCUAAGCAAAAUGUAUAGGGCAAGGGAGUGCUGCCAUUGAUUGUCACUUAUGCUUGAUUAACCUUUAACCAUUAUCUAUCUCACAUGAAUGGAAUCCUUUUUAUGUCACUCGCUAAUACCAGUGGAACUAUUUUGCUCAAAAUUUGACUGAUGUAGCUGCCAGCUUCCUUAAAUGAAAGGAUUAUACUGCUUAAUCUUCCUUUUAAGAUAAUUUGUGGCAGAUAGUUAUGAAAGUAAUGGGUCUUAAAAGUAUUUCUGAAGAGGCCUAGGCUACUGUUUUAGGCAUCCUUUCCCUACCUUGAACAAAGUAUUUACACGAGCGGAACUGAAAACACCACAGAAUAUGAAAGGAAGUUCUGAUUUGUGUGUACACAGAAGAGCUAAAUACUAGAAUUUAAUUAUGCAGGUGGUGUUUCAUUGUUUAAGCUCUUUUAUAUUUUGCUCUUAAUGCUGUCUGAUAGAUCAAAGCUUUCUUUAAAAAAAAAAAAAAAGAGUUGCAGGGCUGUCUACAAUUUAUCUUUCAGCAAACGUCUGACCUUGUAUUUCAUUAGCAAAAAGCACCAAGAAGUCUCUUGCUGUCUUGUCCAGAUACAUUAGUGAAUCUUACGCUUAUCCACAGGCCAGCAAACAUUCAUUCAUUUGUAAAUGAGCAAAUAACUAGUGUGUAUCAUGCUCUUCAGUAGAAAUAUAAUAUAAAAUAUAUAUAUACUAAAAACAGUUCAAAGAAUAAAACACAAUCAAAAUGAAGUUGCAAAAGCAGAAGUUAUAGUUCUCAGCAAACUAAAACUAAAGUGGUGGAGAGAAUAUCUCAACUUUCAUGGGACCAUUUCUUUUAUGCCCCGAAAGGGAGAUAUAUUAAUUGGAUUUCAGCAGGUGCAUUCUAAAAAUUAUUGGCGGGGGGCGGGGGGACUCGCCUUAUUCUGGCAUGUGAGUGAGGUGAUAAUGAGACUUUCAAGUUUGUUGUGCCAAAUUAUCAUAGAGAAUUAGCAAAGUACUGAAAAAGAGGCUGGGUACCUCUUUUAUUUUCUUCAGAGGAGUUCCUGCUUUAACAUUAGUAGUUCAGAUUGUAACACUACUUUUCAAGAUUUGAUGGCUGAUUUUUUGUUGUCGUUGUUCAAUGCAUUAAGGUUGGGUUUGUUUGUUUUUAGAAGACUUACUCUAUUGAUACAGGAUAGACCAGAAUCCCUUAGCUGUCAUCCACAAUCAAUUGCCAACUUAAUGGGACAAGCACUCUUUCUCUGAUACACUUUUUUCAGUUUCCAGGGAACCCUUCCUUCUGGUCAAGACUUGAGGAUACCCCCAACAACAUGACACAUUAAUCUCCUCUAAUGUCUUCCUGCUUCCUGGGGCCAACUUCCUGCUGCUGUAACUCGAGCCACUGGAGUUUUCCUCUUUUUGUGAUCUCCUGGAGCUUUUGCAUUCAGUGACUUCCUCUCUUCCAUUUCUCUGUGUACUGUUCUUUACUGUGCUGGCUGAUCAUCAGACCACACACUGACCACAUUGAGGACAACUGCCCUUUAUAUAAUACCAUUUUGUACAAGACCCUCUGACCAAUGGCUUUUAAUUACUUAUCUCUCUGCACAUCCAUUUCUAUGGAGAAAGCUGUCCUAUCAAAUCCUGACCUUUUGAAGCCUCCUGCCAAGUAUAAAAGCUGGCAAGCUUUUAAGUGUUAACCACUGGGGCCUGUAGCAGCUUUCUUUGUAACUGUAGGAGCCGACAGCAGGAUGUAUAAGAAAUAACAGUCGGAAUUCAGCUAGCGCUGACCAUUUCAUCAUUUAUUCUUACCCAGGUGUAAACACAACAGUAUUAUUAUACUCAUAAACAUUCUUAUUUUUUCUAUUUAUAGAGCAUCUUAAAACUAUCAGACUUUUUCUGAUUCUCCACAGAAUACGUGGAGGACAACUUCUGAAAGAAUCUCAUGGGCUGCAAGACAUAAUGAUUGGUCUCAUCACUUAUCACAGCUGGCUACUCCCAGAAAGAAUCACCAAUCUGAGGAAUGGAAAAAGGAAAAGGAAAAGGAAAAAAAAACUUGACAAAAAGCAGUGGUCAAUCAGGUCACAAAUAGGCAGAAACAGCAUGAAUAAAAGGUGAUCUGUGGAAAUAGUUUACCCGCCCUGACAGAACUAUUUGUGCACUCAUAAUUAAAACUGGCAGCUUAAUGAGAGAAACAAAUUAUUAUUUAGUUCACAGAGAAGGUUAUUUUGUUGUAUCAUUUUUUUAAAAAAGUGAAUUGUCCUUUGAUAGUUGCACAUCACAAACCUUCCCUGGUCCCUCACUUAAAACGGCUCCUUUAAAUUCUUUUCAACCAGUAUUCUUUAAAGUAUGAAAUCUCCUACUUUUGCAGUAAAAACAAAAUGAGAAAGCAGAGCAAGACAGAGCAACAAGAAUGCAGAAUACUUAAAAGGGCAGCUUCCCAAAGGCUUUGAAAAGUUGAAAAAGUCUGCCUAAGCCAUAGCCAAGUUUGUUUGCAUUUGCUAAUAUUAUAUACACUUUCAUGAAGUUUAACAGCGGGAAAUGCUUCUUGUUUUUAAUAGAUGACACACCUGUAUUCCAGACUGCCAAGAAAAAAGGACAUUCCAGUCUGAAAGUUAUUUUUCAUGUGAAUCACAUAUUUGCUUUGAAAGUGCAGACACCUGCUGAUCAAGAUUCGAGAACACCUGUUCACCCCCACAUAUAGGGGCAUAUAUCCUUUUCACAUGAGCACCAUGAUCUUUUCUGCUGCUGUUGUUGUCAGUUGUUUUAUCAUGCGAUCCAACUUUUAUUCAUCUAAGCACAUGGUGGUUCGGUAAGCAUUACUUUGAAGUUUCGAUACAGAUGUUUUAGAGCUGAGUCAGAUCCUGAUCUACAAAUGGAACCUUUCUUGGCAAUGAUGUAUAGGGCACCCCACUUUGUCAACUCUAUCCAGGGUAGGUCAGGAAAGGUAUGUUCCAGUUCUGGAUUGUUCCAGACUGCAUUCACACAUGGGGUUUAUUGUGCUAAUUUUACUGAUGUAGGUGCUUCUGUCCUGAUGUCUAACAUUUCUUUUACAUGGCAGUACCUCUUGCCUUAUGGAGCUGUGGCUUUUUUAUUGCCAAACCACAAUGUCUUGCCUUCCUGUUCAGGGUGCAGGGCUCACAGGGUGGCGUGAGUGCGCCCUUUGGGUGCAUGCCUGUUGCACCCACCAAGGGCACCAACCCAGGGUGCACCCACAACAGCCUUGCAUGCUACGUCACAGGCUGAGGGUCAUGAAUUGGAAAGUGCUAUUGUCAUCAAGUGCCUUUAAAUACGGAUAGGGGACCUUUGGCCCUUAAGAUGUUGUUGAUUUCCAUCUCCCAUCAGUUUGAGACAUUAUAGCCAAUGUUAAGGGAUGGUGUGGCAACAUCUGGUCCAUCAACAUCUGGAAGGCCAGAAUCAUAGCUGUCAACGUUUCCUUUUUUUAAAGGGAAAUUUCCUUAUUCCGAAUAGGAUUCCUCGCAAGAAAAGAAAAAAGUUGACAGCUAUGGCCAGAAUGUCCAUACUUCUGCUUUAAAGCAAAGGUACAAAAUCUGUCAUUUUCUUAGCCUGAGGAAGCUUGAUCCAUCCAAAGUAAUGUAGAUAUUGAGGGCUAAAGUAGGUCCUCCAAAUGUCAUCCACCUAAACAGAUUACCAGCACUGUUUUCUCUCUUAAUAGUCCUUGGUAAGAAGCAGUACAGGAGAUAAUCAAGUACCAGGAUGGGGUGGGGGUUGUGGACUGGGCUCAGCCAGAUAGGUGUCAGGUUACGCAGGCCUGACCUGAAUGUAACUUCAAAUAGGGUUGUGCAUCUUUUCAACUGCUCUAAGUGGUGAAAUGUCUUUUUUUGGAUUUGGUCCCCCCGUAAUAGUAGUUUCUGCAUAUAACAAAAGCAAAUAACCAAGUGCUCUUGGGGGGUUAACUAAAGUCCUUCAGUCGGGGGUAGGGGGGUUAAAUUGGUGCUGAAAGAUGAAUGAAUGUGUUUCCAUCACUUUUGUUAUUUUAUCUUCUGGUAGUAAAGAAAUUUAGUCUGUAAAAUUUUGUUAGUGUCAUAAUAUAUAUUGAGAGACUGCAUAAAGUGGCAUGUUCUUUGUAUAAAUGAAUGGGAUACAUUUUGAAUCAAUAUUUGAAUAUCACAUAAAUCUUGCACCAGAUUUUCCUCCCUCUGCAUUGUUUCUAUCAGAUGACCCAUUUAGACAUUAAGACACUUCUAUGUGCAUACAAUGAGCAAAUGGCUUAAAGACAACAGCAAGCACUGUACUCCCUGUCCACACACUGUAGUUUGCAACAGGGGGUCAUGCAUAAGGAUGUAUGCAGUGCCACAAGUCCACAGGAUCAGAAAAAUCAUGUUUUCCACUUGUGCAAAGUCCUGCCACUGCACACACAACACACACUGUGUGAACGAACCUGCCAAUUUCAGUUUCUCUCAUUUUCUCCACUCAUGUUCAGUUCUCCAGAGUUCUCCAUCUGUUUCUGCGUUGUUCUUUUUAAAUAAAGUCCUUACAAAAAAUUACCAGCAUUUUAGAGUGCAUUUCUUUUAACACAGAAAAAUUUGCAAGCCAUUUUGCUUAAUAUAAUGCAUUUUUCUCUGUCAUACUAAUAUGUGAAUUUUUGUGCAUAUUUCCCUAAUAUGUUUUUGGGUGGGGUGCAGUGCAAAUUGUGAAGGAUCACUGCAUUUCAGUCUCUGUAUUGUUUUAGCAAACUCCAAUUUGGUAGAUUCACAUUAAAUUUACAGUAACUGCAAUUAUUUUCCUUCCCUAGACAUGGAUAGCAGAAAGUGAAGCACAUGCUUUGCAGAUAUGAAAAGAAGCCCCAAUACUUCGUCGGGACUGGAGUUUGCUCUUUUUUUAGGUGGGUGGGUGUGGCGUUUGCCCAUUCCUUGUGGUUUUGUUUGUACAGGGGGAUGGAAAUGGUUAAUGUAGAUUGACCAAUGAGAAAGCUCAGAGGUGGAGCCUACCGGGUUUUGAGGCUCAGCCCAGCAGUUUUACCAUUGGGAGAUAGAGGAGUCAGAGUCAGACAGAGUCAGUAAGACGAACAUAGUGGUUGUGAGAGCAAGAGCGAGAGACAGGGAUAGAAUUGAGAGAGAAGAGUGUGACAGUGUGAGAUAGUGCUACAUCUAGUUAAGGGCACGCAUUGAGAAACUUUUCUGAAUAUAUUUAAAAUUUGUUUGUUCUUCAAUAAACUUUAAUCUUCGUUGUUGACUUUACAACCUGGCUGAGACUCAGUAUUUCACCAGAAGAAACCUGGUUGGUGGCAGCGGAAGAAUAAAGCAGUGGUGUACAGGUCAAUAGCCUGUGAAACAACCGGGAGCUCUGUACGAAUGCCACAGUGGGAAUCAAUGUCUAUUUUGUCAAAAUCAUUUUCUAUCAACAAAAUACUUGAGAGCUGAUUAUUUUCCUUUUACUCAACAUUAACAAGGUCAAAAUAGCUAUGAUCAUAUCAGGGCUGUUCUAUGAGGGUUCCAUAGCUGGACUCAGAGCUGCCAGUACAGACAGUAUCUGUGCAGCGAUGUAUGUACUGCUGUCCAAAUCCAACAAGGGGUAACAUUCAUGCAACAUUGUUUUGCCUGCAGAGAUGGAUACGAAAGGGAUAUCUGCAAUAAAGCCUAGUUCUGAGCAUGGAGCAUCCUUGUUGGUCAGGGCACAAGUAACUCUCUUGCACUCCAAAUACAGGCAUAACCAGUCAGCUUUCUCAAAGGUUUCAAGGUGGAAUCCCUGAAGGCCACAUACCAGUGCUUCAAUAUAAACAUAUUGACAUGUGUUUGUUUUAUGCAUUUUCUACUUCAGCAAGCCUGGUAUCCUUACACUCCCUGGAAAUGUGCAGCAGAAGACAAAGUCUAGAUGUAAUUGGUCUAUUAGGCAGGGAAAUAUAUGCAGUGACAUAUUCAUGGAAUUGGAUUGAUUCAAUUUGCAUGUUUGUUGAAAAGGACUUAUCCUAGUUCGGGUAAACAGAAUAAGAUUAAGUUUGAUCUCUAGCCUCUUAUUCAAACCAAUUUACACAGUUCAGUGACAACACACAAAGAAAAAAAAUGUGUGUGCUCUAAGAAACUGUCAUUUUGUAGGAUAUUGCGCUUGCUGUGAACACAAGUUUAUAGUACACCAAGCUGCACACCUAUUGGCCACAUCUUCAACCUCAUCUCUUCAUCUGAUUUGCAACUAUGAUGUGGCCUUCUGACUAAGAGGAUUUCCAUUUUAAUGAGGUCAUGCUGUACUUGUUAACAGAAUCACUAAAGGAAGAAUUAAUGUAACUAACUAAGAAAUUGGGAAAGGCGACAUUUAAUAUUAUAAUGCAAUGUUUAACCUCAAACAAAUAUUACAAGAAAUUAUUAUCCAUAUAUACCAGAACCAAAUUCUUAGGAAGAUAAGACUCUAUCUAUCUGUGUAUCUAUAUAUAAUCUAUCAAUCUAUCUAUCAUCUAUCUAUCUAUCGAUCUAUCUAUCAUCUAUCUAUCUAUAUCUAUCACCUAUCUAUCUGUCCAAACUCUGUAAUAAUCUGUUACUCACUUUCCCUGUCAAAGUGAUUAUGCCACUUUGAAAGAGAGGCAUUUUUUUUUUACUGCAUUUCAGUGUCACAUGUUUUCUAUUUUAAUCAGCUGAAGUCAUACAAACCCUAGUUCAAUAUACAUAUGCACACAUAUUUAAAAGAUAGUGAAUAUUACCAGCGCCAUCCAUGUUUGUUUAGCUGUGUAUAGGCUAUUUUCCAUUUUCAACCAGAGGAAUCCAGGAAACAAGGGACCAUUUAAAUGACGCUAAAUUACACUUUCAAGCUUAAAGUGUAAUCUGCGCACAGCUAAACAAACAACAUACAAGCAAAUCCAGGGUGUACAACUGAAGUGGGUUGACCAUAAUUCUGGAGAUUCAGCAGUCCCAACUCAGAGAAGGCUUCUCUCUUUGGAUCUGAUUCUUGAGAAAAGUUGUCCACAGCUCUGACCUGCUUUUGGGUGCAAGCAUCAUAACCCACCAGAUACAUUUUAGAAGAGAGGGUGAGGAGCAGGAGCACAUUAAAGAGCACAUUAAAGAAACCAAAGGAAUCUUGUUAUUACAAACUUGGAGAAACCACUGUAUGUCCUUGAAAGUGAAAGCCAUGGUAGGUAGAUGUAUCCAUGAGCACCAGAACAAGAUUGACACUUGAUAUGCCUAUACCUUAUUGUUUGUUAUUUUAAAAUCCUUUUUCGUUCCCACAAACCUGGAUUAUAUAUGCUAAAAACACCAAACAGAUUCAUAUUUCUGCCUUCUCAUGAUUACUGGAUGAGCAGCUUCUGCCUAAGGUAAGCUUUAUGAAAGGCAUUUGUGAAAACAAAAUUAUUGCUUAAUUAUGUAUCAAAGCCCAUUAUUUACAGUGAUAUAAAGACAGGGAGUCAGACAGUAAUGAGGGUAUCAGAGGAAGACAUGAGCCCAAUUAAUGUAGCCAGCAUUACACACUGUUAAGGCUACUACUGAUGAGAGGAAUUCCUUUUCAGCUACUGGGCUUCAAAGCUCAAGCAGCAGAGGGCUUUUGUGGCCAAACCAGGAAUGGGAUUCUGGCAUGACUUCAGUCAUGCAACAUGCUCAUGCAUGCUAUGAUUGAGUGGGGCUUGCAAGGCUAGAUAGAAGACCACUCUGCUCCACCACCUGCCUCUUUCAUUCUCCACCCACUCACUCUCCCUGAGCGCAGUACAGAUUUCACUGGCUGCCUUUUGGAGUUGAGCAGGAUAUUUUUGCCAGGUGGUUCACUUGUUGACUGAUCAUUAUGGGGUUUUGGUUUUUUUUGGUUGUUGUUUUUUUUGCCUACUCUGUACUGCUUCUCUUACCGUGCUAAUUUGGCUUGUUUAAAUAGGUUAAUGUGCUGCUUUGUGAAUUGGAUUGCUUGGCAUUUUCCUAGUUUCCUAGUUUAGUUGGUCACAUUUGACAGGUAUCUGUGGGAAUUCCUCUUCCCGGGGAGGUUUGAAUGUCACCUUCACUAUUUACCUUUAGGCGCCAGUCAGAUUGACAUCUAAUAUCCUUUUAAAAUGUGUUGGGGAGGGGGGAUUAUUGGCUUGUUCUUGUUCUUAUUAUGUAUUUUGUGUUUUUAUAUUGUGAUUUUAUGUUGUGAACCACCCUGAGACCUGUGGGCAUAGGGUGGUAUACUUCUUCUUCUUCUUCUUCUUCUUCUUCUUCUUCUUCUUCUUCCACAGGGUAGGGGGUGGUGAGACCCUUAGGCACCUUGAAGAUGAAAGGUGAGACACAAAAUGUGCCUGCCUGGUCUGUGGGGCUUGUUGUCUAAGUAAGGUUUAUCUUUGGUGCUAUCUUGUAACACCCACCUGGAUUUGUGGGGCACCAAGAUGGGGCGGGUACGGCAAGGGUGGAGGAAGUGGGUGUGGUGGGUGCAGAUUGCCCGGGUGUCACCACUGAGGGGUCGACAAAAUGCCAGGCAGCACUCACCGCAGGGCCUGCAGCCUCCUGGGAGGGACGCAGUGGCUUGGGCACGCGCAGGCUCCGCACUGCCACUAACAGUCUGCCCGCUGCCUCCCCCCAGCUGUAGGGUGGCUGAGUGGGAGGAGGCAGGCCCUGUGGUGUGCCCCACCCCUAUGGGCGCACCACCCCAGGAGCCCAAGAGGCUUCCUCCGCCGCUGGGGUGAGGAAGGCCUCCCUACCCACCCUUGAAUAACUACUUGUUUCCCACAAGGCCGCACUGCUGAUAGUAAAUAAACAGCAGCCAUGUUUUCCAAAAUCGCUUUUGUGCCACCUCUCUCUUCAUUUCAUGCUUGCAGUCACAAUUAUUCUGCUUUCCAUGUGCCAUUUAAACUGAUACAGUUUUAUAUAUGACCUCUGUACUUUAACAGAGGAUUCUCUCCUCCCUCACUCCCCUCAGUGAUUUUUUUUUUUUAUAAAGUUUCUUCUAAUUGCAGUGUGACAGAAAGGCUGGUAUCUUAGACAAACUGCCAUGAGGCAUGAUCUGCAAAUGGAUGGUUAAGUGACAUGCUUACUGUGCUCACAGACAGGAAACAUAGUGAAUUCACAAAUGCAUUAAAAGUACAGUAGAAAGAAACCCAGCAGGAUCUUACAGAAUCCCAUAAACAUCCCCACAGGGCUCUCACAAUAUUUUGCAAAGGGCACUGAGCCAAAAAGACAAAAAGGCCCUUCAGAACAUAACAAUGAGGAAAUGAUGAGAUCUUAAAUUGAUGGUUUCAGCGUAUCUUUGUGCCUUCUAAACUUAGCCUGGAACAGUUUGAAAUUGUGCAAAAAUGUCAAAAUCUGCUAUUUUCACACGACCCUCCAUUACAGCUAUUGUGAGUGAAUGACAAUAGGUUUACCAGUAUUGGGUUUUUUAAAAAAAACAAAUAUUUUAACAUUUAAUUUAAGAACAUCUAAAUGUAGAGUUCAGUGUUCGGGCACAUUACCAUGCUGGAACUUUAAUGAAAAUAUUAUCUAGUCUUUUUUUCCACUGAAGUGCUCAUUGGCAAUUCUUUCAGUAUUACACUACAGUCUUCUUCUACACAGCCCAAGAACUCUGACAGGCCCAUUCUUUCCCUUCAAAGGCUUGUUAACUAUGUGAUGAAUAAAUCUGUCACUUUCAAUUCUGAAGCUGCUCUCUGUUUUGAUUGCUGCAGGAUCCCAUAUCUGUGGCAACUUUUCACCACUCCAAAUCGAUUAAAAAAGUGAUUGGCUUAGCUUAUCGGAGGAGUGGUGCUGAUGGAAAAUGAUUGAUUCAUUGAAACUGAAAGACAGUUUGUGUGUGUGUGCACCUUUUUUUUUUUUUAAGUGAAAAACAGAUAAUGAAUUCUCAAAGAAUCUAUCAUGGCCGAACUAGAUGCACUUUCCCCCCUUUCUACAACUGGAGACUAAUUAAAUGCCCCUGAAAUCAAUAGUGGAACUUCUGAUUAAUAUGUAGGGGCUUCAUUUAAGGAAAUUACUUCAUUUCACAAGCCUUAUAAAAGACUCGACAGAGCUUUGUCUUCGGCAGUGGAAGCAUUUUGUUUAUUAAUUUGCUUCCUAAGUGUCUUCAGCGUAAUGGCAAAGUGAGUUGAAGGGCUUCAGUUUCGCUUCCAGAAUAAAUUUGUUGCUGCGCACAGCUAUCAAACCACUUACUCUUGGGUAGGUCCACUUUGGAGUCAAUAUAGCUACCCUGGAAAAUGUAAUCUUAACUCUGAUUGUAAGAUAUACCGUACUCUGCCAAAAGCUAAGUGUUUUAUCAGAAGAAUAUAUCUGUUACAGAUAAAUAACCCUAGUGCAUGUCAGUGAGUCAACCAGCAGUGCGCUUUUUCUUUACCUAAACAUAUUAGGAGAAGAUUCAGCUUUCUCUCACCAUGCACUUCUGACUAAAGUAUAGUUCUAUUGACGGGACACUUCCACUAGCAGAACGGAGGAGAUUUCCUCUCCCCCUUCUUCUCCUAGGGGCCUCCUGCCACACUUUCUAGCUGAGCCUCAGCCUAUGGAAUCAACUACCUCCCAUGAAUAGAAAGAACCUUUCUGCGCACAAAAUGUGAAGUCCAGACCCAACCCCUUGAUCUUGCUAAAACUAUUUACUCAGCCCUGCUUCAGCUAAAGCAACCCUCAUCUGCAGCCAGCUUUUCAUUAUUAUACCCAACUAUGAACCAGCAUGUCUUUGGUUCUUUAAAACCCUUCUGUGAAUAUUUCCACUCAAGUUGAGCAAGUGGUGAUAUUAGUAACAGGGCUAGGGAUUCUUAUGCUCUGCGAAGUGUGUCAGGACCUCUGCAACAGCUCAUGGACUAUAAGGGAAGAAGAUUCUAGUUAACCACAAUCCCCCUGAAGAAUCAUUUCAAGUUUUGUCAUAUUAUAACAAGCUCUUGACUCAUGUUAUGUGUUAUUCUUGGAGCAAUUUUCUUGCAUCUGAAAAUAUCAGAGAUCGGAUGUACAUGCUGUAAGUGCUAGAGAUUUAUUCGGUUAUUUCAUAAGAUCCAGAGAAGCUGGAGGUUCAAUCACAUGAGGCCUUCAUGGAUGGAAAAAGCUGUUCUAUAGAGAAACAAAUGGACACAUCAUUUUUGUAAUUUAGAAGCAACGGUAGCAAUGGAGAGAACAAAUGCAACUUCAGAGGAGAAGGAAAUGAUUAAUUGUAUGGUACAGUUCCUUGGCUGUAAUUGAAUUAUUUUCUCUUUGAAGAAAAGCUUAAGUGUACAAUAAAUGUUAAUUAUAUUAAGAUCAGCACAGUAGAACCAGGAUUCAGAUUAUUUUGUGGAAACAAGAGGGAUUUACUGGAGAUUUCCUGAAGAAAACCUCCACCUAAAGAUUGCCAGAACUUCAAAAACCAUCCAGACCACAAUUUUUGUGAAGUAUUGUGUAUUGAUGUGACACUAAGGUGAUCGUAUUUAAAUCAAGUUAGCCCGGCUGACAUAAUAAUGGUUAUAGGCUUGUCAACACCAAUGUCUUACCACAUAUUCAUUGAGAUUUCAAGGGAAUUUAAUGUGCAGCUCCUUUGAUCUACACGUGGACAGGAAACUUAUGCUAGCUUGGGAUCUAGUCAUCAAAUCUAUGGGGAUGGGUGAGUAGGGCUUGUCUUGGUACAAAAAAUUGUUUUGCACACAUUAGUAUACUUCUUAAUCAUAAAAGAGAAUAUCAAAGUGGCGAACAAAACUAUGGGCUAUGCAAAGGCCUGCACCACCAACUUGAUAGACUGUUCUUUCUUGCCCAACAAUGGUAGCGGGUGGGAAUUGGAGAGACAGCCACAUCUGUGGGCGGCAUCAUUUCCAGCCCUGUUUUGAAAGUAUGUGGUGUCUAGCCCCUUGGAGUAGUUUGUACCUUUAAUAAAUGUUCAAAAAAGAAGGCAAAUGGUGGGAAGCCUUUGGCUCUCUUGUAAUUAUAAUCCUCCCACCACAAAAAGCUCUACUUUUUCCACAAAAAGCUCUACUUUAUGAAACAUGCACCUCCAGCUCAAAAUCUUUAGGAAGGAUGCCACUGUCAGUGACUUUACAUUUACAUUUACUUUCGAUUCCCUUGUUGUUUGCUUGCUCUGGGCCUUUCUAUUCCCAUGGGAAAAACUCAGUGUGACCUUGACUGAUAGACAACGUUGGAAUGAGUGGCACAAGGAAAAGAGGGAGAGUUAGACAAACAACUUUAACAACUCUAACCUCAGCCUCGCAGACACGUAGAUCAUCUGUACCUACUUUGCCCUCAGAAGUAGAACUUGAAGAAGUUGCCUUGCCACAGGCAAAAGAGGGAGAGGGUGAAGCAGAGCAGUUACAAUUGGAAGAUAUGGCCUCAGGAGUAUCUGUUUCUGUUCUAGACAAAAUCUUUGAAAAAUUGGAAGCUUUGGACAAGAAAGUAGAUGCGCAAUCAGCAAAGAUUGACAAAAAUACAGAAUGUCUAAAUAAAUUAACCAUACAAGUUGUACAGAAUACACAAGCAAUUGGACAGUUAACGGAGGCCUCAGCAGAAAAUCGGAAAUCGGCUGAGGAUACUAGACAAAAAUUGGAAAAUUUAGAGCAAGAGGUAAGACCACUCACCAAACAAGUUGGGGAACACCAGACUUAUCUUUCCAUGAUAGAACUGCGAAAUCGUGAGAAUAAUUUGAGGAUUAGAUCAUUACAAGAGGCAGAAGAAGGAAAUUUAACUGAGUUUUUGACCAAAGAAUUUUCCAAGUUCUGGAAUUUGGAAGAAAAGGAUUUUAAAAUUGUGUCGGCUUUCAGACUUGGAAGAUUCACAAAGAAGGAGAGGCCCAGAGACUGUUUGAUUACACUGAGAUCAAAGGAGGAAAGGGAUAAGAUUUUGGGCCUACAUUACGGAAAGUCACUGGAGGUUUUGGACAGAAGAAUUGAAAUUUAUAAAGAUAUUCCAAGACAACUGCUGGAUCUUAGAGCCGCCUAUUCUGAACUUGCUAAACUACUAAGGAGCAACGCAAUUCCAUUCAGGUGGGAAUUUCCCAAGGAAUAUCUUUUACCUUUAAAGGGAGAAAGGUCAAAGUUAGAACAUUGGAAGAGAGAGACAAAUUUUUGGCUACAUACGGAGAGGACCUUCAAAAAGGAAUUGAAUUACCUUCUGGGCCUGGGGCAAAGCCAGCAUUAACACCAGCACCUGGGGAACCUGAAGAUUCAGAGAAGACACCACCCCUGGAGAAAUAACCAGAUAGAUCCAGGAUGUCUCUGCAAUUGCUGAGUUGGAACAUUAAUGGUUGUAACAUUCCGGAAAAAGGAAGAAAAUAUUUCAUAUAUUAAAAAGAACAAUUGGACAUUAUCUGUUUACAAGAAACACAUGUGACGAGGCUCCACAGAAAAGUGUUAAUAAAUAAAAGAUUGGGCCAGGAAUUUGUUUCAGUCGGACAAAGUUAAGAAGAGAGGCGUGGUGAUAUAUGCAAAAGAGAGCCUGUCACCUAAAUUCUUAUUUAAAGAUGAACAUGGAAGAAUUUUGGCCAUUGAGAUACAAUAUCAAGGAGAGAAACUGUUGAUAUUAGGAAUCUAUGCACCUAAUGAAGGGAAAUCGGAAUUUUACAAGAAGCUGCAGGGGACAAUGCUGGAAUAUCUGGAUUACAACAACAUCAUAAUGAUGGGAGACAUGAACGGGGUCGUGUCAACUAACAUGGACAAGUCACAAAGUCAAAAUGUUACAAAAGACGGCAGACUACCUAAAACUUUUUUGAAAUGACUGACAAUAUGGAUUUGAUUGACAUUUGGAGGACAAAGAACCCACUAGGUAGAGAAGGAACAUUCUUUUCUGAAGCCCAACUGACCUGGACAAGAAUCGACCAAAUAUGGAUUUCCAGAGGCCUGGCACCUAAGGUCAGAAAAGUGGAAAUCUGCCCAAAGACCUGCUCUGACCAUAAUGCAGUAAAGAUGGAUAUGACACUACUACCAACUGGAUCCUUUAGAUGGAAGAUGAAUGACAAUUUGUUUAGAGAUCAGGAAAUUACCAAGAAGGCCCAAAAAGUUUUGAAGGACUAUUUUGAGAUAAACAUGAACAAUUCGGUGGAAAAAGAAUUGUCUGGGACGCAAGCAAAGCUGUAAUGAGGGGAUUCUUGAUACAACAGAAUGUAGUAAAGAAAAGAACACAAAAUGAGAAAAAAGAUAAGAUCUUGGACAAAUUAAAAGAAUUAGAGAAGAAAUUAAGAGCGAACCCAAAGUCACAGCCAACUCUGAGAGAAAUUAAACUCUAUCAAACACAAUAUUCUAAAUUGAUAAAUCAGGAAAUUGAAUGGAAGGUUAAAUUAAUGAAACAAAAACGUUUGAGUUGGCGAAUAAAUGUGGAAAACUGCUAGCUUGGCAGUUGAAGAGAAGACAAAGAUUAAACACGGUUACAAACUUAGAGGUUGAUGGAAAAAACAUUCAGAAUCCAGUGGAUAUUAGAAAGUGUUUCCAGAGAUAUUUUAAAAAAUUAUACACCCAAGGGCCGCAAGACGAAGUUGAGAUUAAACAAUUUUUGGCAAAAAUGGAUUAUCUAAAUUGUCACAAGAAAACAGGACAAUCCUGAACUCUAAAAUAACACGACAGGAGAUUGAACAAGCUAUUCAGAACAUGCAACUUGGCAAAUCUCCAGGGCCAGAUGGGCUGACCUCCAAGUAUUAUAAGACAUUAAAAGACUAUUUGAUACAACCCUUGAUGGAGGUCAGCAAUGAAAUUAUUGAGGGGAAGAGGGCACCGGAUUCGUGGAAGGAAGCGUUUAUCACAUUAAUACCAAAGUCAGAAGCUGAAAAGACACAACUGAAGAACUACCGUCCCAUCUCUCUUUUAAAUGUGGAUUACAAAAUAUUUGCAGAUAUUUUGGCAAGUAGAUUUAAAAAAGUAUUAAAUGAAGUAAUUCAUAAGGACCAGGCCGGUUUUCUCCCAGGUAGACAUCUGUUUGCUAACACAAGGAACAUUAUUGACAUCUUGGAACUUCUGCAAACAGAUAUAAAUACAAAAGCAGUUUUAAUUUUCAUAGAUGCGGAGAAGGCCUUUGACAAUAUUUCCUGGAAAUUUAUGAUGGGAAAUUUAAAAGAGAUGGGAGUGGGACGGGGUUUUGAGAAUGGGAUUGAGGCGAUAUAUUCAGAACAGAAAGCUAAACUGAUAGUUAAUAAUGUGGUCACAGAAGAGUUCAAAAUUGAAAAAGGGACACGACAAGGUUGCCCUAUCUCCCUUUGUUAGUUAUUUCGGUUCUGGAAGUGCUACUGAACAUGAUUAGAGGGGAUCGGUUGGUGGAAGGAAUUCAGGUUGGUCAGAAACAAUAUAAACUAAAAGCUUUUGCAGAUGACCUGGUUUUGACCUUGCAGAAGCCAGAGCCCAGUACGAAAAGAGUAUUACAAUUGAUUAAUGAUUUUGGUCGGGUGGCGGGAUUUAAAUUAAAUAAACAGAAAACUAAGGUUUUGGGGAAAAACUUGACUGAUACAGAGUCAGAACGGUUUCAGAAUGAGAUGGAACUUAAUGUGGUUAAAAAGGUAAAAUACCUAGGGGUAAACAUAACAGCAAAAAAUCUAAGUCUAUUUAAGGAUAACUAUGAAAAAUGUUGGACAGAAAUUAAGAGAGACUUAGACAGUUGGUCAAAAUUGAAACUUUCUUUGUUAGGCCGAAUUGCUGCUAUUAAGAUGAAUGUAUUGCCAAGGAUGUUGUUUUUAUUUCAAACACUUCAGGUUUUGGACAAAAUGGAGUGCUUUCAGAAGUGGCAGAGAGAUAUUUCGAAGUUUGUCUGGCAGGGCAAAAGCCCAGAAUUAAGUUUAAGAUAUUAACUGAUGCAAAACAAAGAGGGGCUUUGCCCUGCCGGACUUAAAGUUGUAUUAUGAAGCCGCAGCGUUCUGCUGGCUAAAAGACUGGCUACUUCUUGAAGACACUGAUGUGUUGGAUUUGGAAGGGUUUAAUAAUGUUUUUGGAUGGCAUGCAUAUUUAUGGUAUGACAAAGUUAAAGCAAAUAAGGCCUUCAAGAACCAUAUUGUCAGAAAAUCAUUGUUUAAUGUCUGGACAAAAUAUAAAGACUUGCUGGAAAAUAAAACACCAAUAUGGAGGCUAAAUGGCCAAAAUAUUGGGAAAUACUAGAAAAAGAUGGAGACAAUUGGAAAUUGCAGAGUUUGGAGAAAAUGAAAGACAAAGUGCGAGAUUGGUUACAUUACGCUCAGAUUAAAGAAGUUUUUAAAAAUGAUAAGAAACUAGGGUUCCAGGUGGAGAAAUCGAAAUUAGAAACAGAAUUGUUAGAACCAAAGACUAAGGUACUUUCAAGGAUGUAUAACUUGCUGUUGGAAUGGAAUACACAAGAUGAAAUGGUUAAAUCGGCUAUGAUAAGGUGGGCACAGGACAUUGGGUAUAAUAUUAUGUUUGAGGACUGGGAAAAGUUGUGGAGUAAUGGACUGAAAUUUACUGCAUGUAACGCUCUGAAAGAAAAUGUAAUGAAAAUGAUUUAUAGAUGGUAUAUGACCCCAGUUAAACUUGCAAAAAUUUACCACCUGUCUGAUAAUAAGUGUUGGAAAUGUAAAGAGUGUGAGGGAACGUUCUUCCACCUCUGGUGGACCUGCCCUAAAGUGAAGGCGUUCUGGGAAAUGAUUUAUAAUGAAUUGAAAAAGGUAUUUAAAUAUACCUUUACCAAGAAACCAGAGGCUUUCCUUCUGGGUAUUGUCAGCCAAGGGGUGGCAAAGAAGGACCAGACAUUUUUAUGUAUGCAACAACAGCAGCAAGGAUACUUCUUGCAAAACAUUGGAAAACUCAAGAUUUACCCACACUGGAAGAAUGGCAGAUGCAACUGAUAGACUACAUGGAACUGGCUGAAAUGACCGGCAGAAUCCGUGACCUGGGAGAAGAGAGAAUCGAGGAGGAUUGGAAGAAAUUUAAGAAUUAUCUACAAAAAUAUUGUGAUUUGAAUGAAUGCUAAAUAAGAUGCUAGACUAAAUAACUGAGCACCACUUAACUUAGAAGUUUUUAAGAAAAUAAGUAAGAUUGUGAAAGUUUAACUCUCUAUGAGAACUAUAAGAUUAUGAAACAUUGAAGAGAUAUAAGAAUUUAAAUAAGAUGAUAAAUUGCUGACAAAAUGUUAUAACGAUGAAAGUGGGAGCGGGGGAUGUGAGGAAGUCCAAACAAAAUGUGAAACUAUGUUAAGACAAAUGUUAUAUUGUUUAUUAUGUUUAUUCUUAUUGUAAAACCCAAUAAAUUGCUUUAAAAAAAAAAAAAGGAAGGAUGCCACUGUCAGAAGAGCCGGGGGGCACUGCACACAGCCCCCAGAUCAAGAUAAACCUCUACAGGCGUCUUCCUCUGGAGUGCAGCACGGGACGGUCAUAACUCUUCAGUCCUAUUGUGCAGCAGCGACACAUAUAUGAAGAUAUGUGCAUACUCCAGUAUAUCUGAAGGAGCGUCUCCACCCCCAUCGUUCUACCCAGACACUGAGGUCCAGCACCAAGGGCCUUCUGGCGGUUCCCUCAUGGUGAGAAGCAAAGCUACAGGGAACCAGGCAGAGGGCCUUCUCGGUAGUGGCGCCCUCCCUGUGGAACGCUCUCCCACCAGAUGUGAAAGAGAACAACAACUACCAGACUUUUAGAAGACAUCUGAAGGCAGCCCUGUUUAGGGAAGCUUUUAAUGUUUAAUGUAUUACAGUAUUUUAAUAUUCUUUUGGAAGCCACCCAGAGUGGCUGGGGAAGCCCAGCCAGAUGGGCGGGGUAUAAAUAAAUUAUUAUUAUUAUUAUUAUUAUUAUUAUUAUUAUUAUUAUUAUUAUACUCAAACAGCAGAGUAAAGCUGGAAGCUGAGGCUAUGAAGUGUGGAAUCUAAGUUAUUUUAUUAAGCAAUAUACACAGGACAAAGCAAUCAUGGCGUCCUCUCACAUCUUCUCCGAGAGAGAGAGAGAGAGAAAGUACAAAAGUACAAUACAACGGAAAAGAUAGGACUGGCUUCCGUUUCCCACACUUUCCAAGCAUGGAAUGUAAACACAGACAUGUGAUGUAACAAUCACACAUACAGCUCUGGGAGAGAAAGAAAAUGCUACCAGCCACCCCCACCCGAAAGUCCCAGGAACUUCCAGAAUUUUCCUGAGCUAAAAUAUUCAGUUAGGCCCGGUUUAAGCAGUCAGCCAAAUCAGGCACUGGCCAAAGGCUCCUGGGUCUCACCAGCCUGACCCAGCUGUCCAGCCAUUCAUUUCCCUUUGCACCAGGUACUGAGAUGGCUGCUUUAGUGGUGUGUAAGGGGCUGUGACGCUUUUGAUUGGAUCGACACUCAGCUCCUACCUGCGUCGACCACUGGCAGGAGCCAGAGUCAGGUGUAGAUCAGCAAUAAAUAACAUGGUGUCAAUGUAGUUAGCUCCUUAUUCAAAGAAACAAUGCAGGCCUAGUGAUCCCAGCAACUCUUUGCAGUAGAUCUUGUUCCAAUGAGGCAGUUGCAAGGACCAAAGGUCCUCGCCUUCCCACCACUCUUUAGGGCUCCUCCUCUCCAGGGUCUUUCCCAAGCAGUUGCAAACUGUGUUUGCACACAAACAAUAUAUGCUCUUCUGUUUUCAUUUUUCUUUGUGUUUUAGGAGACCACUAAGGAGGGGAAAACUCCCUGGCUUCUUCAAAGGCCUGUCUCUCUGUCUCCUGGCCUCGCUCUUCUCCAUCUUCCACUUCAGCCUCAGAGUCUGAACUGCUUUCUGCCACAGCUUCUUCCUGCUCACUAAACCCAGUUGCCUCUUCAGCUUCCAACACCUCAUCCUCCCAGCCUGCUUUCUCUUCACCCUCUGCCCAAUCAUUGUCAUCCCACCACCAAUCCCCUGGCUCUGAGCCUUCUUUCCCUGGCAUUCCCCAGCCAGUGCUUCCCACCACUUCUCUGCAUCCAACCAGUCCAUGAUAACCACCUGCCAUCUUAAUUUAUCCAAAAUGCUAUGCUGCGGGCUACAGAUCUAUGGAAUCUGUAGUUCUGGCUCCCAUUCUAAAGCACCACCAACACUCAACAACAAAAAAUAUGCUGUCUAGGGGUCCAGCAGGGAGACAAUAAGCAGUGUCACUGCUGCCUCCAUGGCAGCAGUACAAUAAAAAACAACAACACUGUGUGCCCACAUUGAGGUUGUGUCUAUUUAUACUGAGGUGAGAGACCAUUGUUGGCACUGUGCUAAGGGCCCCCUGAAUUCUGGUACUGGGCAUGCAUUCCACCCAGUCCUACUUUCAUACAGGGUCUUCUAAAUCCUGAUUUCCUCCAAUUUCCCUAGCUUAACACAUAGAGUAAUAUUCUUCCUAAGGAAUAAAAAGCCCAUUUUAAUUUCUUUUUUACUUCUUUUUAAAAAAUGGUUUUCCCACCUUGCAAACUGGCACUGAAGCAACUCUUUAAUGGAUUCAGCACAUACAGCAUGCCAUUAUGUUUUGGCACCUAUUCCACUGGUUUCAUUAAGUGAAAGAUUAAGACUUUACCGAUGGAAGUGGUUCCCCACCCACCCAGACGCUGGAAAUUCUUGAUAGCUUUGAGAGAAAUGGAGCUCAUCGGUUUCUGAGGAGACGUAAGUGCUUUAAUGCUUGCAAAACAAAUCUGCAUGAUGUUUUAAAACUAGGGUACAUAAUCAGUAAUAACAUUUUGAAAAAGAGCAAUAUUUUAAAAGGGUUGUUGACUGAACGGGGAGUGGGAAACUCAGGCCAUUUUAUGAGCUACCCGGUGCAAUGCUAAUCCAGCAGGCUGGAGCAGCAUUUGAUAUGACAUAUUCUGCAAAUGUUCAGCUUUACUGAAGGUAAUUUAAAAAGACACUUCACACAAUUAUUUGGAUAAGUUUUUGUGGGAUUUUUAUGAACUAAAAAAACAAUUUUAUUAAAACAAAUAUUUUCCAGGUAUUUAUAAAGCCAUUUUAGGAAAAGCAUAGGUGUUGAUUUACAUAAAACACAUUUUGCUGAGGUAACAAAGGUAACCUUUUGAACCAAGGGUGACACCUUUAUCAGAAGAAAAACCCCUUUGACUAACAUUAAUCCAGUGAAAGUAGUAACUUUAAAGUUCAGGGUGAGAGAUUUCUUGUAAAAGGUAGACAGCCAUUCACAGUCUUAGAGAAUGGAGAAAGGGGGGAAAUCAAUAGGAAAGAUUUUAUACUUAGUGACAGGACUAUGAAGAAUUAUCAUAAUUCUACCUCAUGACAGAAAGUUUUAUGAUUGGGUAUAUGAUUAGGUUACAUUAUUAUUAUAUCAUCAUUACAUUCAUAUUCCACCUUUCCUCCAAGGAGCUCAAGUUAGUGUACAUGGUUGUAUUCCUCCUCAUUUUAUCCUUACAAGAGUCCUGUUAAAUCAGUUAGGUUGAGAGAUAGUGAUUGGCUCAAGUACACAGAGUGAGUAGCAAUGUGUGGGUAUUUGAACCCUAAUCUCCUGUGUCCUAGCCAAACACUUUAACUACUGUGGCACAUUGGUUUUCAUAUAUGUGGAACAGUGACUUGCUGUCUUGAUUUCAGGAUAGAUUCCAGAAAGUUCACCUGGGAUGGUUCUGUUAGACACCUUGGCUGGUUCCCUACAGCAUUAGCAUGCAGUUGAAUUGCUGGGGGAGAUACUCUAGAGAGUUGGAGAUUUGGUGGCAUCAGUAUUCAAAUGUCACUCAUGUCUAUCUUGUCUUCCCAUUCACAUCGGGGAAGCUGGAGGAAUUCAGCAGCAGUGCCUAGACUGCAUGUGGGCCAACAAAUUGAAACUAAAUCCAGGCAAGUCAGAAGAUGGCCAGGAGGACUGCUGAGUCUGCAUCUGUCUGAAAAACUGUUCAUUUGCAAAUAACACAAAAGUGGGCGCUCAGCUUGCACCAUAUUCCAUAAUACUUCCGGAAGUGGCUUUUAUGUUGCGUGAAAGCUCAAAAAAAUAAUGUGGCAAGUAACGGUUAUGGGAACACUGAGGAAAUGGCAUGUGAAUGCAGAAUCAGUGGGGGAGCAGGAGACUGGCCAAGUGUUUUUAUUUUGGGAGCAAAAGCCAAAAAGUUAUUUGGAAGCUUAGGGGACCCCUGAUCUUACCUCAAAUGCCUCAUUAAUGAAAUGGGAAAACCUUAUUCAUAUCUCCCCAGAUUAUGGGCUACAUACAAAACAGAUACACACCCCUACCAUUCACCAUCUUCAUUUCAGAUUAUCAGAGAAAAUUUGGUUAUUUCUAGCAAACUUCUUAGCAAUAAAGUUGGUCCUAUCAUUUAUCAAGAUGAUGCAGUAGAUGAGGAUUCCAGCAAGAUACAAGGUCCUCUAAGACAUUAUUAAGACAAUAGAAACAAUACUAUUCCCUGUGAUAUAUGCCCCAUUGUUACAUGUUUGCAAUAUGGUACUGUUUUAAAUAUUUGCUGUGCAUAUGAAAGGAAAGGCAAUGAAAAAAAGAUUGACAUACAGUCUGAUCCAAUGCAUGUCUACAUGAAAAUAAGUCCCACUUGGCUCAGCCAAACUUACUCCUAAGUAAGUAUGAAUGCCUAAGGCAUAUGAUAAACUUUAGUCAUUUUCAAAGAGUUUUGUGAGAGUGAAAGCAACAGUUGAGCUGGUAAGUUUUAAAAGAGAGUUUAAUUCAUUUAAAAUUCAUUUUGGGCCGUCUGGGUUUUUUUUUAAGACUAAUAUAACAAAUUCUUGAUAUACUUACCAUGCUUCAGUAUUUCACUGUGGAACUUCAAAGUUCCAUAGUGUUUAUAAGAUUAAUCAAGCAGUGAUCAAUAAAUUCUUUAUUGUUUUACUAGCCCGUGAAAGACCUGAAUCAUAUGACAAGCUGUACAUAGUUUAAAGUUACUUACUGAAAAUUAGCCAUUCUCCAGGUCUAAUAUAUCUGUCUUUCAGAUUAGCCAUACAAAUUAUUUUUUAAAUAAUAUGUUGCUGAUAAAGAAAACUCACAUAUAAAUGUCAAAGUCUUAAUAUAGAAUAUAUUAGAAUGAAGAAAGAUGUCAGUAAAGCAAUCCAAGGGCUUAAGCACCAUUAUGCCAGCACAGUAUGCCUAUUGCUAGUCCAAAAUUCUCUUUUAUUAUUGUGGUGUCUCAUAUUAAAAGAAUCUGGAACAAAAUAGACUAAUUUAAAUUAUUUUUUUACAGCAGGUUGGAUGCUUAUUAAGAUCAUACUAAAGUAAUGCAAAAUGAUGGAAUAGGCAUUUAUUAUACUAUUAACCCUUAGAGAGAAAAUCGAGAAUAAAUCAAAAUGCUUAAUCAAAUUGCUUGUGAGACAAACAAUAUAUUGGCUGUAAUAAUCAAGGUAGCCAAGGGCUAUACAGCAGUAUUUGAACCUAGACCUCGAAGUGUGUUCUCUAACUCAUGGGCUCAGUUCAGGUGAUAUGCUAAGCCAAAACCUCUGCUCCCAGCCAAUGGUUAGGAUUGCUUUCCCUAGCACAAGAUUAGAAUCAGCAAUUGCAUUAAAUAAGCCAAUAAACAGAGCAUUUUCUCAUCUCAAAUUGAGCCAUUAGCAAGCCUCUUGAAGUUUUCACAAACCCAAAAUGUUUUAGUAGAGGGGAUGCUUAAAAUGCUUUACACAGCUAGAUCCACAUUGCAGGAUCACCUUGGAAAGGGUUCUACCUUUGGUAGUCAUCCUCUGUCCCUCUGACAGAGGGUUUGGGUAGAGAGAUGACCAAACCCAACAGGUGCUCACCAUUUCUUCCUUGUCAGCCUGGGGGAAAAAAAACCUCUGCCUGCUGCAGAGUUCUGUCCUAGGCUCAUUGUUGCUCAACAUCUUUAUAAACAACUGGGAUGAAGGAAGUAAGGAGAUCAAAUUUGCAAAUGACAUCAAACCAGGAGGAGUUGUUAGUACCUCAGAAGAUGGAAUCAGGAUUCAAGACUAACCUAACAGAUUGGACAACUGGGCCAAAACUAACAAAAUGAAUUUCAAAAGGGGCAAAUGUCAGAUUCUACACUUAGACAGGAAUAACCACCUGCACAAAUAUGAGAUGGGAGAAAACUGCAUUGCCAGCAAUACAUGUGAACAGGAUCUAGGGCAGACCACAGGCUUCACACGUGUCUACAGUGUGAUGCAGCAGCAAAAAAAAAAAAAAAAAAAAAAGUUAAUGUUGUUCCAGGCUGCAUCGACAGAAGUAUAGUGGGAAGUAAUAAUACGUACUGCUCUAUUCUGCCCUGGUGAGAGCACCACAGUUUAAGAAGAAUAUUGGCAAGCCUAGAAGGUGUGCAGAGAAGGACAAUCAAGAUGAUUGAGGAAGUGGAAAGCAAGCCUUGCGAGGAAUGGUUGAGGGAGUUGGGUAUGUUUAGUUAAGAUGAAAUUUAGAGAUGUGCUUGCCAUCUUCAAAUAUCUUAAGGGCUGCCACAUGGAAGCUGGAGCAAACUUGUUUUCUCCUACUCCAGAGGGCAGGACCCAAACUGAUGGCUUCAAGUUACAAGAUAGGAGAUUCUGACUAAACAUCAGGAAGAACUUUUGAUGGCAAGAGCUAUUUGAGAGCGGAACUGACCUCAUCAGAAGGUGGUGAACUCACCUUCCUUGGAGCUUUUUAAGCAGACAUUUGUGGAAAUUGUAGUGGAAUGGACAGUGCUGAUAUUGACAAAUACAUAUUGGAAUGAAAAAUGGUGUCUUCUCACUUCCCUAUGUAGGUUCCUAACUCAUCUUUCCACAACUGGCACCCUCAAUAAUCUGAGCUAGAAUUCCCUGUUUAUGCAAGCUGUGAGUGAUGGGAGCUUUAGUCAAAAACAACUGCGGGCAGCAGCUUGGGGAAGGCUGCCCUAGUUUCACUCACAAUUGUUUGUAGACUAUUUUCUGCUCUUAAGCUCACUCUGGAUUUUUUUUUUAAGCACUUCAGCUUGGCAUGACUACAGUUCUGCUAUUUAAACGUGUAAUAAUAAGUUUUACUUUAUUACUAAGAAUUUUAAUUAGCUUAGUUUAUAAAUGUUUUCUAAAGUAAGAGCAGAAUAUCGACUCAUAAUUACAGUUAUUUGAUUCCAGAAGAGAUCCUUGUCACAAAAUCUUAGCUGUUUAAAUGUAGUUUUAUUCUUAAAAUUCAUUAAAUGAUCUGCACUAUUUAACUGUAAAUUAUAGAUACAUUAUGUAAUAGAAUAAUCCCUUCAAGUUAAUUAUAAGCAUGGCAGAAAUUAACAACUGGCAGAAGUUUUGUUAUCUCUGUUUUAAAAAUCUGCAUUUUACUAGUCUGUUGGCAAAAGAGCAUGAUUCUAUCAUAAUUACUAUUCAUCAGCUGUUCCCUCUUUAAGGGGAGCCACAAACCUGAAAAAGAGGGCUUAUUAAAUUGAUAUUUCUAUUGAAUGUUCAAAAAUGAUCUCAUGUGUUGUAAAUCUAUAAAUAUUCAGUGUUUCAGCAUUCCUUCUUCCUACUUCUGAACGUUUUCCAGAAUGGAUGUCUUUCCAUCUCCACAAUACUUGUUUUGUAGCCAUACAAAGAUAAAUGUUCCAUGCUACCUUCUCAUUACUAUAUUAUCUAAUUUUUUAAAAAAAUGGAAUCAUUUGUUCCAUUGGGCUUGCAGAAUUUUAUUGGUAAACACAUUCAAGUGAAUGGACUUUCACCCUCCGGUACUCUUGGCUGGAAAUCUCAUGCAAUAUGGGCUGCAAUGACACAGGCCAGAGCUCCUUAGUUGCAUGUUGCUGUUUGGGUUGAAGAAUUGCCCCAUAUAGCUCUGCAUUGCAGGGGGUUGGACAAGAUGACCCUCGGGGUCCCUUCCAACUCUACACUUCUAUGAUUCUAUGAUAUUGGGAUGGGGUAGAAAUUCAGUUCAUGUUUAUAAGUGAACCUACCAAAUAUGGACUUUCUGAAACAAUAGGAGAACUAAAAUGCACUCAUCAACAUGUGCUUCUCUCAAUUUGUGGUGCGGUCCUUCAGCCAAGUCAUGUGUAUAUGACUUGCACACAAAUGCAUAAAUUAGUGAAAAUAACAUACAAAAAUGCAUUAUAUUAGGGUAUAUUUGGGGAAACCUUCAUACAAACAUGUGUCCAUUAGAAUAAAUUAGUGCUGAAAUGCUGAUGUGUUUUUUUUUUAAAAUCAUUUUUAUUGGUUUUACAAAUACAAAGCACACUUAAAAGCAAACUUGUAAAAACAUAUCUGUAUACAGUGGUGCCUCGGGUUACAUACGCUUCAGGUUACAGACUCCGCUAACCCAGAAAUAGUGCUUAAGGUUAAGAACUUUGCUUCAGGAUGAGAACAGAAAUUGUGCUCCGGCGGCGCGGCAGCAGCAGGAGGCCCCAUUAGCUAAAGUGGUGUUUCAGGUUAAGAACAGUUUCAGGUUAAGAACGGACCUCUGGAAUGAAUUAAGUACUUAACCCGAGGUAUCACUGUAAAGAGAUUUUCUGAAUCUCGAGACUUCUCCCCAUCCUCUCUGUGGGGUCUCAUUUUAAACAUCUACAAGUGCAUACUCAUCAGAACUCCAAUUUUUAUAUCAAACCAUAUUGUCCAUAAUGAUUUUUACACUGCAAGUGAAUCAAAAUCUUUUCUUGUUUCUAUAUGCUUACAGUGGUCUCCUAGGUGAAGGCUGAUGAAUUUUCAUGAAAACUUGUUAAAUAAUACUGAUGUGGAAGUUUGGGGAACUGAACUUAAGACAGGAAAAAUGAGAACCUGAAAGAAGCCAAAAUUAACAGAUUCAUCCACCCACAUUCACGUGUUUAGUGUAUUCCUUUCUAUGUCAUGUUGCAUUCAUCCACCUUUCCUUUCUUGAGUUUGAUUAAAAGCAUACUCUUCUUAUUCACUUUGGAGCUGUGAACAUAAUCAGCAGUUACUGAUCUAAAGCAAAGUUAUCCCAGAAAGUUUAGUACAUGGGUAGACAAACUAAAGCCCGGGGGCCAAAUCCGGCCCAAUCACCUUCUAAAUCCAGCCUGUGAAUGGUCCGGGAAUCAGCGUGUUUUUACAUGAGUAGAAUGUGUCCUUUUAUUUAAAAUGCAUCUCUGGGUUAUUUGUGGGGCAUAGGAAUUCAUUCAUUUUUCUUCUUCAAAAUAUAGUCUGGCCCCCCACAAGGUCUGAGGGACAGUGGAGCGGCCCCCUGCUGAAAAAGUUUGCUGACUCCUGGUUUAGUACCUCUCAUAGUGCAAUCCCGUACAUGUCUACUCAUAACUAAGCCUGAAUCAAGUUCAACGAGACUUAAUCUAAGUGUGUACAACAAAUACAACAUAAUCUCAAAGCAGAGUGCUAAUUUAGACAUAGGCUGUGUAAGCCAGUUGUAAUCAUUCCAUGUACAAGUCUCACAAAAAUGGAUUGGUCUGGACAUAUUCAAAUGUGAGAAGUUGUUAAUUGAUGCAGGAUGUUCUAAACAAAUGGUGAGAAACCUCAUAUUUCAUUUAUACUUUUCCAUCUGUUCCCUUGAUUUCGAAGGCCAAGUAAGGAUGAGCAGAUUUUCCUAAUUCAGACCCAAAAUUUUAUGGUGAGGUGGUAUAAGACAGUGAAUGGAUCCAUUUAUUUCUGGUCAGUUUCACAUGUACUCAUUCAUAAGUCAAUUAUGUCUUUUUUCCUGUAGCGAUCUAUUAUUUUUGUCUAGACACAUGCAAAACAGCUUUUAAAAAACAUAUCACAUUUUUGUACAUUUUAUAUGGAUUUGAAUCUAAAAUGUGUCCUUUUGGUACAUUUUUUUAUCUGAGAACUCCAUCAUAAAAUUUUGACAAGUGUGAAAAGUGAAGGGUGGCAGUGUUUUGACCCAUGCAUUAGUCUAGGAAAUACGAACCAGGUCAGUUUGCUUAAAAAUGAGGACCAAAUUAAAUUUCUGAGAAUCUGUACACCAGGGGGCAUCAGAAGUCAAUAUGAAUCAGCAAAAACCUAUAUAUAAAUCUGAUCUGCUUAAUGUGACUUCCAGUGUAAUCCUAUACUGUACAUGACUACUCAGACAUAAGUCCAACUGGUUUCACCAAAGGUAAGUGGGUAUAGGAUUCUAGCCGUAAUUUAAAUCCAUAUGGCUUUUAAUUUCCAGGUACCUAUGUGCUCAUUUUAGGCUCUGGGCUGAGAACUAACAGAUAUUCCACACAAAACAGAAAAGGUUAUAUCUAUUUGAUGCAUUACCUGAUUAAAUAAUUUUUGCACUGCACAAACAUAAACCUCCCUCCUACUAUUUCUUUACAGAUGGUCUUGAGCCCAGAACCAUGUGGAGUUCAGGAGUUCAGAACUAUGUGGAAAUAGCUGCAAGAGGGAAGAGAAAACUCACCUUACUCCUGACGUUGCCAUCCUGUCCCUAG